AUGGCUUCUAACCGGAUAUUGGUUAAAGGUGGGAAAGUAGUUAACGAUGAUUUCUCCGAGGUUGCUGAUGUGUACAUUGAAGAUGGUUUGAUUAAAGAAAUUGGACCAAAUCUGCAGUUGGAUAACUUGACUAACUUGAGGAUUAUACAUGCUGCAGGAAAGCUAGUGAUUCCUGGCGGGAUUGAUACUCACACUCACAUGCAAUUACCGUUUAUGGGCACUCAUGCCAUCGAUGAUUUCUACUCGGGGACCAAGGUAUGGAUAUCUGAUUUAAUUCAAGAAUUUCGUAAAGUCAUUUAGAAUCACGUGAUUUGCCCAUUUCACAUCCACUUCGAAAAUAUCCAAGAGUUAUUCUUUAAACCAGGAAUUAUCAGAAAUAAUCACUGAUUAUUCCAAUUUGUGGCAUACAAUGUUUAGAUCCCGUUUAGCGAAUAACCCUGCCACAAAUUCUAGUAAAUUGUUGCGACUUAAAGGAGCACUAUAGGGUCAGGAACACAAACAUGUGUUCCUGACCCUAUAGGGUUAAAACGACCAUCUAGCCACCGUGGUCCCUUCAUGCCUCCCUAAAUAUAGAAAUCUUACUUGUUUUCAAGUCUGGAGCUGCUUACAUUGUCACUGUUUCCUUUACACAUGCCCACUGCCUGCUGACAUCAGCAGAAGUGGUAGCCUGAUCCAAUCACCAUAGGAUUGGCUGAGACUGACAAAGAGGCAGAUCAGGGGCAGAGCCAGCCUCUGCCACACAAUUGCAAAUAUCCCUGGAUAUGCUUUAUGUGUUUCAGGCAGAAAUGUUGCAAAUACAGACCCAUACCCUGGCCAAUCGGCAUCUCCUCAUCCUUGAAUCAAUGAAUCUCUAUGAGGAAAGUUCAGUGUCUGCAUGCAGAGGGAGGCGACACUGAAUGUUUGGAUGCAUUUUAGGCAGCCAUGACCCAGGAAGGAUCUUUAGCAGCCAUCUGAGGAGUGGCCAGUGAAGUUGAAAAGACAGUGUUUACAGCAAAAAGCCUGAAGGUAAUGAUUCUACUCACCAGAACAAAUUCAAUAAGCUGUAGUUGUUCUGGUGACUAUAGUGUCCCUUUAAGAUAGCAUUGCCAUUUCUAGUACUAUAAAGUGUAGUAUCUCUGGAAUGUGUGGCUGUUUAAAUGGAAAUACACAUUCCAACAGUACUCUUUACGUUUGCUGUUUCAUAUUUUCAUACGUUGACGAGAAUACUAUGGUGACGUAACUUGUGACAGAACUCCUGGCAAUUUACUCUACCAGGGGUUGUCAGGAGAAACAGCUGUGAGAUCCAGGGUUCUUUCUGGAGAGCUAUUCACAAAACUAAAUCUAUAUUCACAACCUGGCGUGUCCAUAGUGUAUAUAUUUUUGGGGGGUAUUAAAAGGGGCACGACUGCAUGACAAUAUUUUCCUUUUUUUUAAAUAGUUAUUUCCUGAUCACUGUAGUAUUAAUGGCUAGUUUCUACAAUAAGUCAGUGGAUGCGAUGCUGGGGUGUAUAAUGUCAAACUCGCAGCCCAGCCAAUAUAACCGCAGCAGCGUCCCCUGCACCAGACCGGCAGUGUUGUAGCUGGAGGGCGGCGGUCCAAGGCUGAGCCAGGUCAUCGAACCUAGGGCCACCCAAUGGCAAUGUGUGAGUGUCAUUCUGUGUAUCUGUAUGUAUUAGUGUGGGUAUGUGCAUACAUCUCAGCAUUCAAACGCCAACACCACACAAAAAUACACCACUGCAUUCAAAUCUCGACACGACAUGCAGACACCCCCUUACAUUCAAAGGCACUUCACACACGUAAACCACUGCUUUCAAAUGGCAAAAGUACAUAAAAACACACAGCACUACUGUGCACCAAUGCAACAGGUUCGAGGAGAGAAACCGCGGUUGUAAAUGACAUGCAUUAUUACAAUUAAUUAUUAUAAUAGAACACUCAUUGACACAUUGUUCUCACUUUCACACUAUUUACAUGCUUCUACACACUAUGUGCACGUUCUGGCACACCACUGUCACCACACCAUGCAUGUACCAUGCAUUCACACAUAGGGUACAAAGGUAAUUUAGUGAUGGUUUUAUCUAUGUCUGCAGUUUUUAUUUGAACAGGAGACGUUUUUCUAAAUAUCCAGUUGAUACACACCUACACAGUUGGUUUUAUAUGAGCCUUCUUUCUAUGUGCACUCAAAUGUGGUUUUGCUUUUAAACACAAGUAAAAAUAUUUAAACAUAGAAAUGAAUCUAUAUAUGCUUCUAAUGCCUAUUUAUUACAUGAACAUAAUAAUAGUAUUAACACAAUAAUUUUUUGGGAAUGUAUAGGGCCCGAGGUUUUGGAGCCUGUAAUUUAAAUCUGCCCAUCAAUUUGCCCCAGAAUCAUUUUUGCCACGAUAAAUAUAAACAUAAUUAACAGAUACUGUGAUUUUUUUUGAUACACAUAUGCCAUAGAGACAAGUACAGGUGGUAAAAUGGUACAUGUAUUAAUUGCUAUACAUAAUCAGGCUGUGGGGUUAAUUAUGGUACAAAUAAUCAGAGUUGUACAGUGUGGAGUUUCUUACAUAUUCUUCCCUGAUUGGAUGUACUGCUACCACCCUCAUUGUUUUUCAUAUUAGCAUUUAGUUAAUGAUUUGCCAACUUUGUUAAUGAUAUCUUUUACAUUCUACAAUUUAGAUGUUCCACAAAUUAGUGUUACCGGUGCCACAGCAUGUGAGAAUAGACAUAAAUAUUAUGUAAUCGACUUUUAAAGGAUUAUACUAUUGCAGUGUUAGGAGAAGAGCGUUCACACAGCUUGUUAUUGCACAAAUCUAUAGGCAGUGGUGGAUGGUGAAGAUUUAAGAUGGCGGGGCGCCAGAUUCCUCCCCCAUAAUCUUACGCUACCCUAUACAGUACUCAUACAAUACAGAUAGAUGAUCAUAAUACAGAGACGCUCAUACAAUAAAACAAGCUGGGCACAACAUAACGAUAUCAAUAAAAUACACAGAGCUGAGUACCAUACAAAGAUAACCAUAGCACAAACAGAGCUGUGGGGGAAAAAAGAGAUUUUAAGGAACACUAUAGGGUCAGAAACACAAACAUGACCCUAUAGUGUUAAAAACACAAUCUAGCCCCCUUGCCCACCACCCUCCCUCACUCCCUCCCCUCUUGGCUCCCUAAAUAUAGUAAAAUCUUACCUUUUUUCCAGUCUGUUGCUGCUGGUGCUGACCCGAUCUGCCUGCUUGGCUGACAUCAUCAGAAGUGUUGGUGUGAGCCAAUCACAAUGCUUUCACAUAGGAAAGAAUUGGAUUGGCAGAGACUGUACAGACGGCAGUUCAGUGCAGAGCCAGAACAAGCCAAACACAGCCCUGGCCAAUCAGAAUAUCCUCAUAGAGAUGCAUUGAAUCAAUGCAUCUCUAUAAUGAAAGUUCAGUGUCUCCAUGCAGAGGGUGGAGACACUGAAUGGCAGUGCUACACAGUGUGCAGUACUGCUCCAGGAAGCACCUCUAGUAGCCAUCUGAGGAGUGACUAGUAGAGUUAUCCCUAGGCUGUAAUAUAAACACUGCAUUUUCUCUGAAAAAAAACAGUGCUUACUGCAAAAAGCCUGAAAGGAAUGAUUAUACUCACUAGAACUAAUAUAAUAAGCUGUAGUUGUUCUGGUGACUAUAGUUUCUAUUUAAUAUACAGAGCUUGGCACAAUACAAAGAUCCUAUACAAUAAACAGAGCUGUGUAAACUAUGGGAAUAUCCAUACAACAGGUAGAGCUGAGUAAAAUACAGAGAAAUAACACACACAGUGAUGGGCACAAUAAGGAGAUACUCAUAACUAUCCCACACAACCAGGAUCAUGAUGGAUUACAAAGAGCUGCAAUUCAGAGAUCCCUACAUAGUACAUGUCUCUGUAAACUGCUUUAACUUUCUCUCUAUCUCUGUCUAUCUUCCUAGCUCUCUCUUAGCUCCCCCUUAAUGGUCUCAUCAUCAGUAGUGCUCCUGCUAUGAUAACAUUAGCUUUCUAUUAAAUAUUAUUGCUGUUAUAUAACGUCAGUUACUCCAUUAGCUCUCAUCACAGAGUGUGCACAUGGUUAAAGCAUCAAGAUACUGAUAGACUCCAAACAUGAUAGCAACUCCUGCCUCAAUAUUGGCAGUCAGCACACAAUGUACAAAUGGGCAAAGCAGUAGGAUACUGAUAGGCUCAUUAUUAUCUUUGCAGCUGACAAUAUACUUAAUCUGCAGUGAAAAUAUGGAGCCAAGAAGUUGCUGACAUGGUUAACAGUAUCAGCAAUCAUUACAAAUUAAAACAUAUUGAAAUCAGAUUUAGAUCAGUCCUCAGAGUCACAGCCCUAGUCCUGCAAUUUGAAACUUCACAAUCUUUCAACUAGCCACAGCAUGAUUGUCGCUGGUCUCAGCUGUAGAGUGAAUGAGCACUUAAAAGAAGAUGGUGGUUAUGUGCAAUAGAAGUUAUUAAAACUAUUAGGGAAAGGCAGCACAGUGCUCUGUGUCAGAAUUGCCCCCUCGCCUUGCCGUCCCUGGGUAUCCCUGACUUUAUAUGUAUUAAUUAUGUAUUUGAGUAAAUGCCUUUACUUAAUCAGCCUUCAGACAGUCACUGUGGCUUUGGGGUGGAGAAAAAGAUAAUAUUAUAGACUUACAUUUGGCAGUGGCCAGGAGCAGUUCCUGUUGUGCUCUCUCUGUGGACACUGUAACCCCACCCACUGGUGCUAUCAGCCAAUGAUGGCUCCUGAAUAAAGAGUCCAGUAUCAUGCCUCCACUUAUGGACAGCUGGCUCUGCGGCCCAAAUGGCAACUCAAUGGAAAUUCCUUCUUAAAGGAGACUAGGCAUGGGCAAAUCCUGCUGAAACAGGGCAGAUUUCAAACAAGCCUCAUUUUUUUAAUGUGCCUAAAUGCUGUCAUGGAGAACUGAAACUAACUACAGAAUUAAAGAGACGCAAUUUUUUCCCUAUAUAUUCCCCAAAUUUUCCUAUAUUUAAGUGUUCUUGCAUAACAAGACCACUUAUGUUAUCUCACAUAUAUAGUAUUCUUAUUCUUAUUAUAGCCAAAUUUACCACCCUAACUCCUCCCACAGUUUUUACACUACAUAGACAGUAAUAUACUGAAACGUGCGGAUUGUUCCCGAUUGGAUUGCUAUUACUUUGUGGAACGUUUGCCGAAUGGUUCACGGAAUAUCAUCAUUUUUGUGUCGAAAUUGGUCCCAUGGGAAUGAAUGGCAAAAUGUUCAAAACUAGCUGGCAAAAGCUGAAAAAUAAGGACAUGAUUUCUAAACUGCCACCACUCCCUCAUUUUCAAGCCCACCUACACAAAUCUUAUAUCAAAACGUUCAGCUAUCCCUGCUGCCACUAAACGUAUCCACGGCUAAGCCAUAGUCCUGAUAGUUUUCACAACAUGACCAUUUGUUUGCAACUCACGCCGUCCAUUGACAUUCAUUGAAACUCCACUCUAGCCAGCUCAAACUUGAAUGACAAUUUCGAAACUGUGACUGUGCCUUCAUUUUAAUAUUUCAGAGACAUACUAUGUGUCAAAAUGUAGGUCUGUGUCUUGUGAUUCUCACAAUAUAAAGCUCUUCGCUGUAGGAUGUAUAGUUUGUAAAAUACCGUUUGAAGAUGGCAAAAUACUCUGACCUGUGCCAGGCUGGAGCAGCAAGUGAUGUCAUAGACAGGGCCUUUUGUACACCUGCUAAUGUUUUUAUAAAUGAAUGUUUUAAUGUAACUGUGAAGCACUUUGGGCAACAACGUUGUAAUUAAAUGUGCUAUAUAAAUAAAUAAAAGUUGAAAUGCAUUUCUCACUCUAUCAAGCUUGCCGUGUGCACUUUUUAAAUUUGAUCAAUUGGUUAGUAUAAUGUUUACUAUCUUUACUCACUCCAAAAACUACACACAGUUACUCUGCCCACUCCACACAGUUACUCUGCCCAGUCCAACCUUUCCACAGUUACUACAGCCACUCCAACCACACAACAGUUACUCCAGCCACUCCACCCAGUUACUCCGCCCACUCCAGUUGUAGACUACUGGUGGAGGCAAGAACACUUCACACAAUUUCCCCAGAAAUUGUAGGUUUUCUAGUUUUACUUACUAUCCUCUUUUCCAGAAAAUAAUCUUAGUGUUUCUAAACUACUGCAAGGAAUCUGGUUCCAUACAAAGCAGUGUAUAUUCAGGAAAGUAUAAAAAAUAAUUUAAAGACUUCCUUUUUAAAGUAAUGUCCCUGUAUUCAGGUAACCAAAGUGUAAAACAGCAACGUUUCAACCACUGCGACAGUCUUUAUCAAGCUUGAUAAAAUGCUGUUCCUGGGCACCUGAAAAAAGGGACACUGCUUUAAAAAGAAAGUGCUGUAAUAUAUUUUUAUACUUUACAAAUUCCAUCCAAGUCAGGCCCUCCCCACCCCACUUUGCUGCCCACACUCUCUGUACAUGUAUACAUUCAAAAUCAGCCACUCUCUCAAACAUAUUUAACCACACACAAUAUAAUGCUCUAUUCAUACACAAAAAAGUAAGGGAUUUCCGACGGCCCACAAAGUAUGGGCCGCACACUAAGGAGGCCCAUCGGGUGGCCUAUGCACUUAGGGUGGGUUUGCGCCAGAAAGGGCCCGGUCGGGCAUUGUGGCCCUUUAACACUGCGCCCCUUGCUUAUCGGUGGUAUGGGUGGAAGUGACAACUGGUCACUUCCUCCCAGAGUGACUGGAGCUGCGCAGGAGGGAGGAGGGUGCAUGUAAAUCUGUAUGUCUGUGUGUAUCUGUAUGUCUACCAGUGUGUCUGUCUGUAUGUCCGUUAGCGUGUGUAUCUCUGUGUCUUUUAGUGUGUGUGUGUGUGUGUGUCUGAAUGUCUGUCAGUGUGUGUCUGUCAGUGUACCUGUAUGUCUCUCAGUAUAUGUGUGUGUAUCUGUAUAUCUGUCAUAGUGUGUGUGCAUGUGUAUGUGUGUCAGUGUAUCUGUAUUGUUAUAUGUAAUUUUAUACCUUUACUUGGAAUGUGAGGGGCUAAAAACCUAUCUGUAGCCCGAAGAAGUUUGGACUAUUUUAAUAUUGGCCACUACCUACUACCAAGUUGUGCAGGUCUGAUCUAAAGGUAGAGUUUAAAUACAGUGUUGUAAUACUCCUUUCUUCACAGCAUCUAUUAACUAAAAUGUGACUUGAGUUGACAUGUUGACUUAUAUUUGCAGAGUUUUUUCCCCCAAUACUAUUAUAUAUUUAUACAUUUCUAGCUGAUUUUCCGUUCAGAUAUUGCCCAUGACCAGCUAUAGAGUAGUCAGAUGGGGUCAUGCACUGACAUGCGGUCACUUCUUUCAAACGCAGGUCAUUGCCUCACUGUGAGCAAACUGAUACAAGGUACAAGGUCGCUGGACUUGCAGACAGUAAAAGUAAUAAAAGGGCAAUGUAUUAUAUGCAAUACAUAAAAAAGGAUACAAUUAAUUGUGUUCAUUAAUUACAGAAUUUACAGCCGAACUGAAAAGUGUAUACCUUACAGGAAUGGUGAAAAAUAAUUAUUAGUCUAAUAUUCACUUGAAUCAAAUUGCUUGACAAGUCUGCUAUGGUUCCUAACUUUUCACCUUGCUGCUUUUAGCUAAAAGGUAAAACCUCUAAUGAAAAGAGAGUGGUAUUUUUCUAAACCCCUGCGCACUUACUAACCCUUAUUAUGACAUGCAUGGGGUGGGCGGCAGCCCUGCAACACAGCUGUGCAAUAUAAAAGCAAAUACAAACACACAAAUUUAAAGGACCACUAUAGUGCCAGGUAAACAUACUCGUUUUCCUGGCACUAUAGGGUCUCUAGGUCCCCCCACCCUUACGGUCCCCCUCCCACCGGGCUCUAGGGCGAGGAAGGGGUUAAACACUCACCUUUUCUCCACCGCUGGGCUCCCUCUGCGCUGGGGACUCUCCGCCUCCUUUCCCUGUCAUCGAAGCCGCGCGUGCAUUCAGCCAGUCCAUAGGAAAGCAUUCUCAAUGCUUUCCUAUGGACGCUGGCAUCUUCUCACUGUGAAAAUCACAGUAAGAAGCGCGGAAUCGCCUCUAGCAGCUGUCAAUGAGACAGCCACUAGAGGCUGGAUUAACCCAUAGGUAAACAUAGCAGUUUCUCUGAAACUGCUAUGUUUACAGCAGGCAGGGUUAACCCUAGAUGGACCUGACACCCAGACCAUUUCAUUAAGCUGAAGUGGUCUGGGUGCCUAUAGUGGUCCUUUAAGCCCUGUGCUCAAAUGCCCACUACUCCUGGGCUGCAGCAAAUUUUUAAUUUUAUUUCUUUUAUAAGUUUAAUUAUUUUAAUAUUAUUACUGGUAUUUAUAAAACACCAACAAAUUCUACAGCACUGGUGAAUGUAAUGAUUUUAAUUUUUUUUUAUUUAUUUAUUUUAAUUUGGGGGGAACUUUUAAGUUUUCACCUAAAAACAAAGUAAGGAGUAGAUGACUGCAGUGCCUAAACAAUCGCAAGCAAGUAGCCCACUGCUACCAAACAGGUACAUUACUGUUAUGCCUCAGACAGUGCAACAUAUAGCAUAGAAAUACCUCAGGCACAAAAUUGAUAUUGCUGGUGAAGGAAGGGUCAAAGAAAUUACAAACAUUUUGGGACACAUCCCUUUAUGUACAAAGCCCCCAACUGUAAGCGACUUGGAAGAAUUAACACUUCACCACUCUCCCCAACUGUCAGUUGAGUGCCUCACUCACAGAGUCCAAGAAAAUCCAAAAAGAGUUGAAAAUGUCCAAAAAUGCACUCUUCGCGUGGUGUCAUCAGCGCGCAUGCGUGACACACUAGUACUUUUGCCAGGGCAUCCUAAACUUAGUAACCUGAAUAUAAAGUAAAACAAACCGCACAAAAUGUUUAGUAUAGAUGCCCAAAGGUCCAGGUAAGGCAAAGUACAGAUAUAUGCAGAAGGGCCAUGGAGACAAAGGUAUCCCACUGAAAGGCCAGUAAAGGGGGAGACAUAAUUAAAACUGCAGAGUGGCCACCCAACAUAUACAGAAUAAUUAAUGAGCGCUCUUAUAGAUGCACCCGUUCUGGCUGCUCCUAAUCCAAAUAGCUGUGUGGUGGAACUUACCACCUAUUGUGUGUGUUUUCCCCUCAUUUAAUCUGUUUUACCCUUUUUCAAGAGUACUUCAUAUGAAACAUAUCCAUUCGUCUCCCAAACGAGGACCACCCUUGUACCCCAUUAAAAUGUUCACACCAGCAACUUAAGUGCAAAACUGCAAGGGAAGUAAUUAAUGAAUGCUACCCCUGGGUGGCCGCUAUUUCGUAAAACAGAACGCACGUGGUGUACAAAAGAAUGGCAGCCAUAUAGUCUCCCAAACGUGGGCAGCGGUGCUUGGUUGUCGAGUGCCUGAAACUCUUUUUGGCAAGGCACUCGCACGAAUCCCAGUAAAGAUUAGACCACUGCCCGUUCUAUUUCACGACCACCUAUACGAACAAUGUUCAGGAGAUAUGAACUACCAAACAAGGGGAGCAUUCAUAUCCUGAAAUGAAGAGAUUCCCUUGCAUGCUUUUCACACAGGAACCCCCAGGACAGAGACCGGCCAGGUCACCUAUUUCCCUGGAACUGUUUUGGGCUAGCGCCUCGUGUCUGGCCAGUCAAAACUUUACCUGGAUGGCAUUCCUGUUUCACUGAACCAAUCUGAGUGAUCUUUGGAUAUGUUAUACACUCAGAUCGGGGCUAUCCUGGGAUGUACUUUUUGUGGGGUUCCUGAGUAUGGUGGGGACACUUUUGGGGUACUUUAUAUUUUGUAUGGAUUUUCUGUACCUGCGAGAUAAUUGGAUUAUAUGUUUGUCUCACGCAAUUAUCUCUCAGGCACAGAGGAUCCUGUAAUUGAAAACUUUGUAUUUGUGUGUUGGAAACCCUAUAUAGGGAUCUGGGCAUAAAAGCCACAUAUGGCCUGAAUAAAAUCAGUUGACUCCCAGGACUAUGUUUCAUCUGGUUACUGGGGGAAUGGAGGUCUGCUUAUUUUAACGGUUGCAGAGUGGCUGAGUAGAGGAAUUAGCGGAGGUCACCGAUCGGGUUACCCGUGGUCCGCUAGAAUGUCCAAUGUUAUCAAGAAAUCAACUAGGUUCAAAGACAUAUUCCUGAUAUUUAGUAAGACGUCAACUUACAUUUUUUUUCCCUUAAAUUUGAUGACAGAUAUCUUUUAAAUACUCUUUGUGGCAUCGAUUUGAACUCCCAGACAUAAAAGGCAUAGUUUAAAAAAUGGUAAUAUUCCCCAUGGUGGUAAUAUGCUUCUUCCUAAUAAUUUGGGUUUAGAAUCCAUUUUGUUGCUGGUUCAUUGCGGUGGUAACCUUCUCUAUAUUCCCUCACCCUUUUUCCUUCUUCACCUUUCCUUCAUACAAAAAAAGUAUGAUUAUAUUAUUCCAUUUUUGGAAUAAGCAGAAGAGGGACAAGAUUAGCUCUCUUCACUUCCACGACCUAUUAUUAGAGCAUGAGGUGUCAUUCAUGCUCAUGUGUCACAUAAAGUUAUUUUAGAGAAGGGUAUAAUAAUAGGCACAUAAUAUAUAUUUCUGGGUCUUAAAGGCUAACAUUUAUGUCAAUAAGCCACUUAUCUAGAUUACGUAUGGUUCAAUUAAAAAAAAUAAAGAAAAUAUGAAGUGGAUAACUCUUGGUCAUGCAUUGGACAUUAUUUCAAUGUAAUUUAACUCAAUGUUUAGUGAACAGACUUCUUUUAAAAACAUAUUUUGGAGACCAAGAAAAGGAACUAGGAACAGAAUAAAUAAAAAGCUUAAGAGAGACUAAAAAAAACAUCUGGAGACAAACAGGCAGAUAGAGAGGAAGUAAAAAAAAUAGCAUGACAGGUGAGAAAAAUACUAAAAAACAAAAACUUAGAAGAGACUAAGAAAAACAACAGGAGACACACAUCGCUGAGAGAGAGGGGGAGUUAGAAAGAUAGUAUGAGAGGUGUGAAAAAGUCCAGCGAAAACUGUAAAAUUGUGUUUUGGUAAAAUAAUAAAAAGUUGUUUUUUUUUCCUCCCUCCUCUGUUAAUUAGACAGAAACAAUUAGAUGAAAGAACCAAAUAAAGGCUGUGGAGUGUGGAAUAAACAGGAAAAUGAGAAGGGGCUAAAAGUGAAAAACAAAGUUUGCAAAUGGUUUGGGAAGAACAUGUAAGAGAGUGAGAUGGAUCUGUUGGUAAAGACAUUCACGGCAACACACCACAUUGGUAAAAUAGAAAUUGGAAGAAUCAAUUGCAUAUAGACUGGUGGGAAGUCAAGAACAAAAUAUGGUAUUGGAGUUCUGAAAAAGAGACUGUUGAACAAGAGGGUAUUGAAGACAUUGGGUAGAGAGACAACGAAAAACAGAAAGAGAGAGACAAAGAAGUGAGUGGGGUUAUUCUCAUGAAGGGUUGUGGCAACAAAGAUCUUUAAAACUGCCUGACUAUAGUUAAUAGAAAUUAUAGAAUUUGCAAUACAAUCUCUCUCCAUCUCUUCUCAUACCAAUAUCACUCUUUUUUUUGCUCUCAACAAUUUCCUUUAAAUCAGAAUCAUUGAUAUGAACAUGGGAUGGAAAAUAGCUCCUCUUACAUCAGAAAGCACAGGGCCCUUCUAAAAUCAUUUAUAAGAGGCCACACAUUCCCAGACAUACGCACAAAAGCAAACUCACAGACAUUCACAUUCCUAGACAUUCGCGCAGACAAGUUGCAGUCUUCAAGACACACAGACUAACAUAAAUACACAUCCCCAGCUACGCAAAUGGCCCAAACACACAAACACACUGUUUCAGACACUCUAAAAUUAAUAACUAAAUACAAAUUGUUUGCAACUUUCCAGUUUGCAUAACUUUUGUAAGUUUUGUUUUUUCCCCUGAUUUUUAGUGUAAAGCAAGACUGACUAUUGGCUCCUUGACAUCUCUCCUGAAUUCACUGUGAAACCAUUUCCUUCCAGCUUUAUUGUACAAUGGAGCAACCAAUGUCAAGCAGUUCCAAACUGGUAGGGGCUCAGCUAAAUGCAGUCUGGUUUGGGAUAGAUAUUUCUAUCUCCCUAAAAGAACCCAGUGCUUAAUAUCCUGAUGGCAGAACUGCACCAAUUACAGAUUAUAUAUUUGCCUAUACAGGUAGCUAUUACAUGUGGAUUAAGUUAGUAAAACCCCUAUUAAUUAUUUUUAUUAACUAGAACUAGAGAUGUCGUGAACCGUCCGCGAACUUCUCGCGAACGGUUCGCCACGGUUCCUUCCUACUUCCUGGACAGCAUCCAUGAUCCAUGAUGCUGUCCAGGAAGUAGGAGGGUCUGGGAGGGAGGGUCUGCUGGAGAUUGGCCGGGACCUGUCAGCUGACCGGAGUUCGCCGCGAACAGCUCGUGGCGAACCGCGGGGAUCCAUUCGCGAGAAGUUCGUGGACGGUUUGCGACAUCUCUAACUAGAACCAUUAAUGCUGGACUAUUAUUAUUAUUAUUAUUAUUAUUGCCAUUUAUACAGCACCAACAGAUUCUGUAGUGCUUUACAAUAGAAGAAGGGGGGGGGGGGAUUUAGUAUAAAUAGGACAAUUACAAAAAUACUUACAGGAACGAUAGGUUGAAGAGGACCCUGCUCAAACGAGCUUACAGUCUAUAGACUAGAAGUUAUACUGAUCUUCAUUGAUUAAAAACAUGAAGAAAUUUUGAAAAAGGGUGCGCAUUUCCCAAAAUAUUCUAUAAUCUCCUCACUAUCAUCUGAGGCUUCAUUUUAGAUAGUACUGUGACAAGUCAACAGGCCUGGAUUCUCAGUUUAAUGGGUAGCAUAUAGAAACAAUGAAGAAUAGGUGUUACACGACAUUAAUAGGGCAGGUUAGAUAGUGAUGUGGCUUACGUUCAGCAGUCAAGAUCUUUUCUCCAAGGUGUCAGUGAUAUGUUUUGCACAGGUGGACAAGAAGAUUGAUGGCAAAUAUGCAAGGAUUAAUAUGGUUAAAUCCUAUGUAAUGUCCGAAUGCACUAAUCGGGAGGCGAAUGGUUUCCAGCUUGCUGAUAGCGAGAGGGACAUUGCACGCUCGAGGCCCCAAUCUACUUAUACCGAUUUGAUGCCUAAUAUAAUUUUCUGUGCUGGCAGUGCCAAGUAAUCACUGUGACCCUGUUCCUGCACGUUUUGGGAAUUCAGGAAUAAUGUGGACCAAUCAGUGUGUACCUCAGUAUUUAAAUAAAGUUUUAGCCCCAUAGUCAUUACCCUGUCAUGGUUUCUUCUUUGUUCCUCAUAGAGUGCAAUAUAUUUACCCUGAUAUUCUGGUGAUUCUUGUGACCUCUGUAAUCCUGACCUGGCUAGAUAUUUAUUGAAUUUCUUUAUUUCUGGUCCCUGAUCUUUGCUAGUUGUGUUUUCUCUCUAUUUUUUUUAUAGUUAAAUCUGGCCAUUCUAAGUAUUACCCUCUACAGCCUUUAUCCCCCUGCACCAGCUACACCCCCACCCCGCACCAGCUACCCCUCCUUUUUCCUCUACCCAUAACAACUCCUAUCCCCACUGUGCCAAUACAGCCUCUGUGCUUACAACAACCCCUACAACUCCCUGUUUCCACUACAGCCUAUAACCCUCCACAGCCCCUCACCCACCUCUACACCCACUGUAGCAUUGUCCAACUUGCACCCACUACAGCACCCACUACAGCCUGCACCCACUAAAGCACCCAUCCCUCCCCUGCACCCACUAAAUCCGCCUCUACCCUCAACAGCCUCUAUCUUUGCACUCCAUACAGCAUCUUUUCCCCCUGCACCCGCAUCAGCCCCCAUUAUCCUCUACACCUACUACAGCUCCUAUCCCCACUGCACCCACCUUAUCCCCUGCACACACUACAGUCCAUAACCCUCCCCUGCACCUAUUACAGCCCCUUUCCCUUCCCGACACCAACUACCCCUUUUAUCCCUCCUGCAACCACUACUAAUAUGAUUUAGUUGCGGAAAUUAUGAGUGCCCCCCAGUUUUGACUGUGAUAUCUUUUGUGCCCCUGUGUACUAUUCUUGGAGUUGUCACUGCUGUCUUCAUAUUUCUGACCUAUACUUGCAAGUUGGGCAGUGUAGCUGUGACUAUGCUCAAUAAAUUGAUUGCUUUUUUAUUAAAAGAAAAUAUAUAAUGGCUUAUAUAACAGUUGUGUUGUGCCCCAAAGCUGUGUUGUCCUGAAAAUACUUUUGUUGGCGCAAGUACAUAGAGAGACCUUCAUCUGAAUUGGCAACAAUUCACUGUGCUUGGCCAACAUUCCAUGAAGCUUGAUCUUUUUUCUUGCCCUUGUUUAUCGAAGCCAAAAGGAGGAGUCACAUGUUUCAUUGUUGCUAAUGCUUGACAUCUUGUAUAAAAAGCCUCAUCUUGUCUGAAGGCAUCAGGGUAAAUGUUGUAGAAGUCAUAACAGCAUUUUUUAAAAAAUAUUAUAUUUUGUAAAAUCUUGUUCUAAAAGUAAAGAAGAAAGCAACAGUAGUUGCCAGCAUACCAACAAAUAUUUUACUGUAAUCAAGGAAAGAGAAAAUGUCUUCUCCCAGCAAGAUUUUAAUUAAAGGGGGAAAAGUAGUUAAUGAUGAUUUUUCAUUUUUGGCCGAUGUCUACAUCGAAGGUGGUCUGGUGAAAGAUGUAGGACUCAACCUAUGUCCUGCAAAGCCAGAGAGUAUAAAAGUGAUUGAUGCCACUGGCAAACUAGUCAUUCCGGGAGGAAUCGACACUCACACCCACUUCCAGUUUCCAUUUAUGAGUUCUCAGUCUAUUGAUGAUUUCUAUCAAGGAACCAAGGUAAAUCCAUGGUCUUAACUUGUUUGUCUUGUGUUAUAGACAAUGCAUUAGGGAUGAUAACUGUUGAAGACAUUGUAAGAAAGAUUUCAAACUUCAAACAAGGUUAUCCAGAAGUUCUAGAGAACCUUGUUUGAAGUUUGAGGUGUGCGAUGAGACAGUGCUCCUUCACUGAAAAGGUCUUAGAUAUCUGGAAUAAAUUUCCACUUUUACCUGUGAAGAGAGCAGGCAAAGCAGGCCAAGUGGUUAUUACAUGCAGUCACACGCAAUAUUUUUGUGUAACAGUUGAUAAGCCACUGGAUAUUAAUUAGAUAAGGUAAACGAACUAUGACUCUCUAACCUGCCAACAAUUGUUCUUUGUUACUAAGGUAUAGAAAAGUAUUCUAUGGUUUUGUACAUGUUCACAGUGGAUCACUCUUAAACUGAUUAGAUUUAAGAAAUGUUAUCAAUUUUAUAUGGUUUUAUUAAGCUCAGGAAUGUAAUUUAGAUGCUAACUCUACAGUUAAAAUGUGAAAGUCUGAGUGAAAAUUAAGUAAAUAUAUAUUACCACAAACUAUGCAGAGACUAACUAAUGUUUAACUUUAACAUUAACAUAAUCAUUUUGAGGGUAUAGUAUGUCAAGAGUUGCCAUGUAGUGAAGACUGUAUUGUCUACUUAAAAAAAAAAAUGAUGCUGUUAUGUGAAUGUAAUUGGUAUCCAUGAGCUUCUAAAAUACCACAGAAAAUCAGGAAAGUUUAUUAGCUUGACAUUAAACAUUGAAUAGUAGAACAUUGAAAGCUGAAUUGCAAAACUCAGGCAGCAAUAGCUCAUUUGAGAAAAAUGUUUUUGUCCAUAACCCGGUGGUCUAACCAGAGAUUCCAUCACCAGGUGCAGAACAAUGUCCCCCCCCCCUAACCCCCCAUGUACCACUUACGCAUCCCCGAUCCACUCUGCCCCUCUGGUUGUAAGGCUACUUCAACACAUGUAGAGACUAUAGUAGACUAUAUAUGAUGAUAGUACUGAUUAUCAAUAAAAAUAUUGGUCCUGAGGAGAAACCAAACCAUAUGUAUCAACUAUCUAGUAACAAACAUAAAUCCAUGCAACUGCACUGGGUAUUGAGUAGCUGUAAAUACAGAGAAAAUAGGCAAAUGACCAGAAACACACAACUAACACUAAUUCCUUAUCAAACACUUUAAGACAGUAUCUAUGCUCCUAUAUUUUAUUACUGCCACUGUCUGUGCCACAGGUGAAUUAAACUACUUAAAACAAACAAAAUACCAUAUUUAAUGUAAACAGCGACUACCAUCUUCAGGCUCAGCUAAAAUAAAUAUUUUGUGUAUUACAGCAAUGAUGUGAAAAUGUAUCUUUAAAUGAGGAAGUAAAGUUUCAUCAAUUCAGCCAAUAGUGGACCAUGACAGUCAAUAGAAGUUUGCUGCCCAUCAGUUCGGUUUUGAGUCUUAAUAACUUUUUGGGCGCCAAAAAUCAUCUAUGCCACUCGAAGGCGAAGGGCGGAGCUUAACAUGAGGAUAUGACGUCACAUCCUCACACUAAGUUCAAUCCUCACCAUCAAGUGACAGACAGGAAACUCCAGUGCUGCCAGGGGUGGAACUAAUGUAGCGAAGGCCCAGGUGCAAGACAUUUUUUGCCCCCUUCCCUUGCACAAGGAUGACCAAAAGGUAGAUUCCUAUCUGUCAUACAUCUUCUACGAUGCUUUGCCAGCUGGGGAUCUACAAUUUGGCCAUCCUCUGCAGUGUUUUAUUUGUGGUCAGUGUUUGUAUGUUUGAAUGAAAGCAUUUUUUGAUGGAGUAUCUGUGUGCGAACGCAGGGGUCUGUUUGUGUGUAGUGUUGGCAUUUGAAUGCAGUUGUGUUUGUACGUAGUAUAGCCACUUGAAAGCAGUGGCGUAGCUGCAUAUAGUGUGUUUGAAUGCAGGGGUGUAUUUGUAUUUAGUGUUCGUGUUUGAAUGAUGGGGUGUAUUUGUGUGUAGUUUACGUGUCUGAAUGCAGGGGUGUUUUUGUAUAUAAUUUUUUUCAAUACAGGAGCUUCUUUGUAUGUUAUGUUGGUGUUUGAUUGCAACAGUGUGGUUGAAUGUAGCGUGGCCGUUUGAUUGCAGGGGUGUGUUUGCAUGUAGUGUUUGUGUAUGAUUGCAUGUUGUGUUGGUUUUUGAAUGCAGGGCUGUGUUUGUAUAUAGUGUUGAUGUUUGAAUGUGAAUGCUGGGAUCUAUGUGCAUAUACACAUAUAUAGCCACACACGCAGUGACACAGAUACACACUAACACACAGAUACACACACUGACACACACACACAUAUAUACCCACACACUGACACACACACACAUAUACACAUACAUACAGAUACACAUACAUACUGACACAUAUACCCACACAAAUAGACACUGACAAACACAAAUACUGACACACGUCUUAAUUAACAUAUUUGAGGUGCAGGAGGGUGGCUUCCGGGGCUGGUUAAGGCUGGGGGGAGUCUGACAAAAACAGAGAAUAUGAGAACUCUAAAAAUGGACAAAAGUUUAGAGAAACUCAAUACUUUACCCUUUAGUAAAUCCCCAUUCAGGUCUCAACAUAGUUGUGCCAUUUCAGAGUGCAUCUAUAUUGUUGCAUAUAAGACUGAUCCUACCCAUAAGGGCAGUCCAGAACUAAAUUGUCAGCAACCCCAGAUCAGUGUUUUGGCUUUUUUUUGGGGGGGGGGGGCCUUGUCGCAAAAGUGUGGCUGCUACCCCUCUAGGCACACUGAGCAUGGGGUCCAUGUGUGGAUUACCCUUUUAACUUUGGGAGAGCCAAUUUAACACAUUGCAAUAAAAACAGAGACUAUGAGAAUAUAAGAAGGCCAUGAUAUUCUGGGGUUGCUGUAUCUCUCAUGCAGAGAGAACACAAGUGAGUAAAAAACAUUUUUGAGACCUAAGCGGGGUCUAACUGAAGGUCAAGCCACUGAGUUUCCCAUUCUUAGAGUUCUGGUUUUGUUGUAAUGCAUUUGCUUAACUUAGGCUCUCCCCAAGUUAAAAUGGUAAUUCAGACAUGGACCGUGUGUGCCUAGAUGGGUAUUAGUUGCAGUUCACUGAUAGUAUCUCUUGUGCAGAGAGAACGUGCUGGCAUUUCAGUUCCAGACAGCCCUUACAGGUGGAAUCAGUCUGAUAUGCACAUGGUAUAGGUUCUCUUUGUAAUGGCACAAGUGAGCAAAAACAUUUUUGAGACCUGAGCGGGGAUUGACCAAAGAGCAAGCUAUUGAGUUUCUUUAAGAUUUUGCCCAUUCUCAGAGUUCUCAUAUUCUAUGUUUUUGUUGAUGGUAGCCGAGCCUGUUUAGGUUCUAUGUUUGCAGUGUGCACCCUCAUCCCUCUCUAUGCAUUCUCUGUCCUUUGAGCCCAUGUGGACUGUAAGCCGGGAGGAAGUGACUUGUAGUAACUUCCUUCCAGCAAUGGCUGACAACAUUAAAGGGGCCCAGUCACACUGCUUAAGGGCCGCAGCUCCCUACUAGGCCCCUUAUCAUAUUUGCCUGCCUACUGGGUUUUGCCCUAAGUGGAUGGGCCACCUAAGGGAGCCCACAACUCAGUAGUUCCACCACUGAGUGCUGCCUUGUGCAACAACUGCUUUAGUAUUUUGUCAUGCCCAUCAUAGUGUCAGUUCUCUUCAGAAUUCUCCUGCUAAUAAUAGACGGUCAGUCCUCUAGGGAAAAGACGUUGCAGCUGGAAAAUUAUUUACAAAAAGCUGGCUGUGUUCUCAACACAAUUUAUAUAAAGCAAUGGCACAUCCUCCGAAUCCCACUCAUAGCACAGUGUGCUUCCUACUUUAUUAAUAGACAGUAAAAUAUUGCAGUGUAUGUAACUCAGUGUUACACGCCAAGACUGUGUAUGAAAUGGAUAUAUGGCAUUAACCCAUUCAAUAAAAAAAUAUUUUCAUUUGUAAGAAAAAAUAAAAAGCAACCUAAUAGUUUUUUUUGUUUUUUUUUAACAUGGAAUGCAUAGCUAGCAUAAAAUUGUAAAAAGUCAUUUUGAGUAUUGUGAUGAACUGAACCUCGUCACGGGUUCUUGGAGGGGCCUGCUGGCCAGCCUCUUACAUCAGGACUAUGGCCCAUGUGUUAGACUUUUGUUCAGGACUAUGGAAAGGCUUUGUUCAUUCCUUUUCCCUUGUCUGGUUCGGUAUAUAGGAUUUACCGAACAGAUUAUACUUAGGCUGUUUGCAAGCCAAACUAACUACUGAACAGUUGGACCACCUGGAAGUGGAGUGUGUCACUUGUUAACCCUAUCGAUCUCGUUAUCAAGCUCUAACCGCAACAUUCUAAACGGUCGGCUGGGUGGCCACAGUUCAUAUGGACGAACACAUGGCGGCGGCCAUCUUUAGCUGUGAACACAUGCAGCGGUGUUUGGUCGUCGAGUGCAUGGAACUAUAAUCGGACACUCAAUGACGUGAACACUGCUGGGACUUUCAUCUCUUCAUAUGUUUGGCUGGAUUCACUUGAGAAGAGUGGCUUUCAGUGGAAACACACUCCUGAACAAGAAGCACAGACUAAGUGUACAUACGAACUGGUUGCAUUCAUAUUUCUGUUGUAUUGUGAACUCCUGAAAGAGACUGACCGCAGAGCCUGAUUUCAUGAAACUCUUUUGGGCAGGAGCCUUGUGUGCGGAUCAGUCAGCUUAUGACCUCCAUGGAAAUCCCAAACCCCUAAACCGAUCUGGGUGAUUUUUGUGGGGUUUCCAUGUGUUUUGGGGGUACUUUCGGAAGGUUGUUAAAAUGUGUUUUCUGUGCCUGACUCAAUUAUCUCCCAGGCACAGGGGACAGAUUAUCUUGUUUUGUGUGGGAAUGCCCCUGGAAUAUGUUUGAGGAAACCCCUUGCAUGGGGACUGACAUAAAAGGCCGUGUGUGGCUCCCUAUAAAUCAGAACGCUUUACCCCUUCAUGAAGUCUAGGCUCAUGUUUAGGGGAUUGGAGAGAUAUAAUCACUGCAGCUCUUGGGAUUGCUAUAAUCACUAUACUCCCUUGGAUUACAACACUUGCUCUUGUAAGAGCAGCCUGCUUAGCUCUCUGGACUAGGAGAGGUCUACCCACUGGAAGCUGGAUCCUGGUCUUGGAUCCAGAGUGGGUGGGGGACAGUGAGACCCCAACCAAGCUGCGGCGGUUUGUGGGGUUUACAGUGGUUAUGGUGUCUGGUGCGGUGCUGAUGGUAUUCAAUAAUUACUAUGAAGCAGCGAUUGGCAGAGGCACCCGGUCGGGAUGCCAGGUGGUCCAUCACAAGUAUAGAUUGCUGUUGAAGGAUACCUUAAAAUUUUAACCUUUUUUACAGUAAAAUUGGGGGUGGGGAGGAUAUUUCAUGAUUAUUCUGUAAUAUUGGCACAGGGAUAGAAGUGUACAUAGGUGUGACAAAAAUAUAUAAAUAGAUAUGGUCAAAUACACUCUUUAGGUUUAUGUAAAGAAAAUAAUGGCAUUUCUGGGAGUGCAAAUUCCUAAAAAAUGCCCACAAGAAAUAAAUAUAUAAUGUCUACUUGAGGGCUUAAGCCCCAUACGUUAAAUUGACACUAUGAGCAAUAAAACAACUUUAGUUUAAUGGAGUGGUGUUCGUGCAUAAAUCAUGUCCCUGCGGUCUCACUGCUUAAUUCUCUGCCAUUUAGGAGUUGAUACAGUUUGUUUAUGCAGCCUUAGUCACACCUCCCAGCAUGUGGCCCACACAGUCUCCUUGCACAUUUUCUGUAAAGAGAUCUAAUUUUUAAGCCUCCUUUAUAGCACAGUCCAUUUAAUUUAGAUUUGUUUUGUAUUCCCUGCUCUGUUAAUAGCCUGCUGGAUCGUGCAGGACUCUCUGUUUUGUGAUUAAAGUUCAUUUAACAGAGUAGGAGAUAAAAAUGUCUAAAGUGAGCAAACUGUACUGUUACAUCUGACUGAAAAUUAGACCCAUUUUUUUUUCAUGCAGGCUGUGUGAGUGACAGCCAGGGGAGGUGUGGCUAGAGCUUGAUAAACAGAAACAAAAGUGAAUUAACUCUUAAAUGGCAGAGAAUUGAGCAGUGAGACUGCAGGGACAUGAUCUAUACAGUAAAAGUACUUCAUUAAGCUAGUUGGUUUGGUGCGUAGAGUAUCCAUUUAAGUACAGUAACAGCCAAGAAGCUGAAUUUUACAGUGCAUAAAAAGCUAAUACUGUAUUGCAGUUUGCAAAAAAAAAAUCCUGUAGUAUACCCAGCAUGCUCAAAGACUGUUGCUGUGGCAUUGGAGACAUUUUGGUGCAUCGGGCAAUCCUUGGUAGACUCACCACUGUUUCAAGGAAUCUCCACUUGGAGAGUAUGACAGACUGUAGUUUGCUGAUGUCAGGUGACCUUUUUCCAUGAAUAAAUAAAAUAAAAAAAUAAAAACUUACUUUGGUGUUUAUGUGGGUUAUCUUUGUCUCACAUUACAUUAUAUAUGAAAAUCUGAAAACAUUCAGUGUAACAAAUAUGCAAAAAUAAAAAGGGAAGACAGGAAGCAGGCAAAUACUUUUUGAUGGCACCGUAAUCUUUUAAAUGGAAAGCAAUGCUUUACAGUCAAAAGUUACGUAACAAAACUAAACCUCCACUGGGCAAGGGGUAAUCUGAAAAACUGAGAAGAUCAGAGAAGCUCCUCUAAUUCAUAGCCUCUGCUGCAAUAUUAAUAGCCCAUACCAUGACUAGUGAGAGUCUAUAGCCAAGAAGGGGGUGUGGGAGAAUGGAGGAUGUGAAAAGAUAGAGGAAUGUGGGAGACAGGUAAGGAUUUUUUUCACCUCCCAGUAUUUUUAUUUAAUUUUUUUUAUUUAAAUUUAAUUUAACUUAAUUGUAUCCAAUGACUGUCUUAUUAAACAUUAUUUAAAUUUAAAAAAAAGUAAUAUUAUAUAUGAGAAUGUACGGUUUAUGUAUUAUUAAUUUUCAUUUAGUUUUAUUUUCUAAUAUCACUGUAUCAGGGCUUAGAUUUUCUUAUCAAAUAUGUUCAUAACUUUGUCUUUCAGGCAGCUGUGGCUGGUGGCACAACAAUGAUCAUUGAUUUUGCAAUUCCAAGGAAGGGGUCCUCUCUUAUCGAAGCCUAUAACACCUGGAGAGGCUGGGCUGAUCCUAAAGUUUGUUGUGAUUACAGUCUUCAUGUUGCCGUUACCUGGUGGAGCGAUAAGGUGAAAAUAUAACUCAAUUAAGAACUACUGUAGUGGUGAAUUUCGACUUUUAGGAUACUUCCAAUCAUAAAUGUAUUAUGACCCUAACCAGAAACACUCAUUAUUUGCCCUUGAAGCUCCAUGAUGGGUCAUUGCCAAGCCUCAUAGACAGUGAGUGACUGGUUCCAUGGGUGGUGGGAGUAGUGUUUAUCUGUGUUUACUCUAUAGAUCUUUCUAUAGAUACUUUCUAUAGAUCUCAUCAUAGUGUUCUAGAUCAGUAUUAAUGGAAAACUAGACUUGUGCAGACAUUUUUUAAAUUCCGAAUCGCUCUUACCUUUUCGACGAUUAAGGGAUUUUAUUCAGAUGAAUUCUUGUAACAUAUUUUUGCAUGUGUCUAAUGGAAAAUAAAUAUUACACUCAACUGUAUAUGGUAUCUCACAUAUACAGAACACCAAAGGGGCAAUUUAGGUGAUAGAUCGUAUAAAGGAUAAAAAAUAUACUGACCUGAUGUUUGCUUUUUCCACAUGCACUAUCUAGAGUGACCAGCCGCACUUAAAAAUAUGUAAAUGUUAAAUAACAUUUCACCUAUACAUUUGCUAGCAAUUUGAUUAGCUCAAUGUAUAGCAAUUUUCUUUCAAAGGAAGAUGCUCAAACAGGUCAAUAAGAAGGAAACAAAUUGUUCUAGAUUAACCCCUUAAGGACACAUGACGGAAAUAUUCCGUCAUGAUUCCCUUUUAUUCCAGAAGUUGUGUCCUUAAGGGGUUAACAUGCCUCGUGGUCUUUGGUACAGAUCAGGCUACAGUAGACAGAAGAAGCAUUGGAAAGGGGGCAACUUUGAAUACAAUACAAUAUUUAAUACAAUGUAUAGAUAAAAUGCUAUGCUCUUUGUCAUAUUUAAACAUAAUAAGUGCUAUUUUAACCAAACCUAACACAUUUGCUAGAUAGGAACAACUGCUUUUCAGGUUAAUGACUAACUCACCUACCACGAACUAGGAAAACAUUCAUUAUUAGUUUCAUACAGUAAAUUAAAGUUCCCAUUCUGUACGUGUUUAACUAUGUCUGUCUAUCUAUCUAUAUUGAAUAGGCAGAAAAUUGUGUAGAAUAGUCAAGGCGAUUACAUCUAAUAGGCGGAAAUGACUGAAUUGGAAUAAUUCUCCAAUUUAACUAAUUUUCCAUUUCUAGAAUUUUGGUCUAAAGUUUGUAAAUCUAUUUUGGUCUAAAGUUUGUAAUUCUGUAAAUUCUCUACAGUUCACAGUUUAUUUAAUAAUCCCGUUUAAAGAGUAAAUCUCAAUCCAGGCAAUCAAUUUUCUGAACGGAAGUCUGAAUUUAGAGUGUUUCCAACGUGUUCGAAUGAAAAUAUGUUAUAAUCUUCCUCUGCCUGUAAUGUUAACAAAGUUAGAAAUCCCUAUCGAUGUAAAACCGUUCUUAACAUCAUUCAUCAUUGCUAAAUAAUCUCGAUAUUGAAACUCUAAAUUGAUGAGGUUAAUGACGUACUAGAAUUUUUAUUGUAUUAUCGAAUUUGCUAUGUUAUUUUCUGUUUACAGCGAUUCUUUGUCCUUUAAUUCAUUAGCAGGGACAUGUUAGUAAAAACUUAAAUUUGUCAAUUCGGGAGAAGUGGUAUGCACAAUUUUUGGGUGUUGAUUAUUUGAAAAAGUGUUUUCAGUGACUUUUUGAGUCAAUUUAGUGGAUCUGUUAAUGUAUUGAUAACUCUUGUAAGGAACGAUUGUGAUUGGGUGUAAGGCACACUUUCACAAAACUGAUAAAGGUAAAAGUUCUCUCAAAAAAUUCCAAUUUGUUAUAUUGUUAUUGUGUCACCAUCAUUAAGAGCUUAUUGACAGCUGUUAGUUUAUUAAUAAUUCAUCUGAUGAUCAAUUAUGGUAUACCUCUAUCAUAACAGAAUAUAUGAUAUCAUUUAACAGGUCAAAGAAGAAAUGGGAAUUCUCGCAAGAGACAAAGGAGUUAAUUCCUUUAAGAUGUUUAUGGCCUACAAAGAUUUGUAUAUGGUUCACGAUAUUGAACUCUAUCAAGCAUUUACUUGCUGCAAAAAUAUUGGGGCUAUUGCACAAGUGCACGCAGAAAAUGGAGAUUUAAUUGCAGAGGUAAAUAUUCCCUUGUAGAACACAAAAUGAAUAAUUGCAAAUAAAACAUUAUUCAGAAGACAGGGGAAUACUGACAUCUAGUGUCUACUUUCAGAAAUUAGGUUUUGACAAGUUUUAUAGUUCUCUCAGUUACUGGGUACCUAUUGAAAAACUCCUAGAUCCUCGGAUAUGACGAAGAAAUUGCCACAUCAGAUGUUUAUGGAGUCAGUUUUACACUGUCAGAGAAAUUGUGACAAAGACAUGCAAUAUUAGUUAAAAUAUUUAAACAUAAUGAUGAUAACAAUAGUUAUUUAAAUAUAAUGGGAUAUGUACUAUCCUAACAUCAUGUAAGGAAAAAUGAAAAUACAAAAAGUGAUUUAAAAAUAAGUUACACAAUCCUGUUAUAAUUGGUUUUAUAUAUAUGUAUAAUUAUAUCAUGUCCCAACAUAUAGUUAAUCAGGAAGUAUUACUUUUCUGAGAGGGUAGUGGAUGCAUGGAGUAACACAGUAAAGGAGUUUAAGCAUGCAAGGGAUAGGUAUAAGUCUAUCCUAGCUGUAAGAUAAGGCCAGGGACUAAUGAAAGUAUUUAGAAAAUUGUGCAGACUAGAUGGGCCGAAUGGUUCUUAUCUACCGUCACAUUCUAUGUUUCUACCUUUUAAUUGUGCUUUCCUCCAAUAUAUGGUUACAUGAUAAUAUAAUGAAAUUGUAAAUUUAGUUAACUGUCAUUCUAAGCACCAUACCUACCAUGGUUUAUUGUACUAGUCUGUUGAUUAUACUGAUGCUGUUUGCACUUUUAUUUUAAAAAAUUUGGAGCAGUUACCCUAGAUAGAGCUCUUCCAGGCACCCUUCAUAUUUCUUAACCCCUUAAGGACACAUGACGUGUGUGACAUGUCAUGAUUCCCUUUUAUUCCAGAAGUUUGGUGCUUAAGGGGUUAAAGGGACACUAUAGUCACCAAAAACAACUUUAGCUUAAUGAAACAGUUUUGGUGUAUAGAUUAUACUCCUGCAAUCACAAUGCUCAAUUCUCUGCCAUUUAGGAGUAAAAUCACUUUGUUUAUGAACCCUAGUCACACCUCCUUGCAUGUGACUUGCACAGCCUUCCUAAACACUUCCUGUAAAGAGUCAUCUAAUGUUUAUUCUUCCUUUAUCGCAAGUUCUAUUUAAUUUAGAUUUUCUUAUCCCCUCCUAUAUUAAUAGCUUGCUAGACCCUGCAAGAGUCUCCUGUAUGUGCUUAAAGUUCAAUUUACUGAGCAAGAGAUAAAAAUUUUAAGGUAAAUUACAUAUGAUUGAAAGUGAAACCAGUUUUUUUAUGCAUGCUGUGUCAAUCAGAGCCAGGGGAAGUGUGGCAAGUCCUGCAUAAACAGAAACAAAGUGAUUUAACUCCUAAAUGGCAGAGAAUUGAGCAGUGAAACUUAAGAGGCAUGAUCUAUACACUAAAACUGCUUCAUUAAUCUAAAGAUGUUUAGGUGACUAUAGUGUUCCUUUAAUCACCCCAGUAAUAUGUAUUAUUGCUUCCACUUAUCAAGUGUGAAUCUGCAGUCUGAAAGGUGUAGAUAGUCUAUGAGAACUGAGUAAUCUGCCUGCAUGCUCUUGGUCACUGAUGAUCAAGGUUCACUCAUUGGUGUAUGUCCUCUACCAAACCAACUUUGGCCUCAAUUUAAUAUUUUUGGAUAAGGGUUUCAAAUUAUCACAAUCAGUUAGAAAACUUUUCAAAUGAUUUAUCUACAGAAAUCUCCAUUACGUUUGUAGAUAAAUCAUUUGAGACAUUUCUCUAUUAACAGAUUGUGAUAAUUUGAAAAGCGUUUCUGAAAAUGUUAAAGUGAGACUUUUGUUAGGAGAGGAGUGCAAAUCUCUAGCCUAAGAUUAAAUAAACUCUAACGCUAGUCCUAACUUAACCGCAAUGAAAAAAUUCAUGUAAUAGUAUGAAGAUACUAAUAGUCCUGGAGAUCUUUGGCUGUGUUUUAUUAUAAUGUUUUUAGAACCCUUAAAAGGCAUUACUUUCCCAUAACACACAGAUCACAAUUAUGUAUAUAUAUAUAUUAAAAAUUGAACACACUACAUUAUACAUUCUUGGCUUAAUUAAAGGGACACUAUAGGCAUCCAGACCACUUACUCUCAUGAAGUCUGGGUGCAGACUGGGUGCAGUGUCCCUAUCCCCUUAACCCUACAAUGUAAAACAUUGCAAUUUAAGAGAAACUGCAAUGUUUACAUUGCAGGGUUCCUAUUGCCUUUAGUGGUUGUCUACCAGACAGCCACUAGAGGCGCUUCCUGCAGUUUUACAGAGAUUAACUCUAUGAAACAAUGCUGGACACCUUCACUCUGUGUAUGAGGAUGUCCAGUGUCUUGAAAUAUCCCAUAGGAAAGCAUGAAGACAAUGAUUUCCAAUGGGGGAGGCCUAAUGCCCAUGCGGCGCUCGCUGUGCAUGCACCCUUGCACCGACCUUGGCGCGGGAGCCCGAUCCAGUGCGAAUCAAGUGAAUUUUUAAAGUUUGUUUUUAACCCUUUCAAGGCCAGAGGGGGGAACAAAGGCAGAAUGACACUGUAGUGUUAGGAAUACAGUUUUGUAUUCCAAACACUAUAAAAAUCAAGUUAUUUUUUUCAUAAUGUUCAUUUUUCGUGAUUUAAAGGGUGCUAAAAAAAUGCUGUCCCUGGGAAUCACUGGCCCUGAAGGCCAUGAACUGUGUCGCCCAGAAGAGGUAGAGGCUGAAGCCACGCAAAGAGCUAUCACUAUCGCUAACUCUGUGAACUGCCCUCUCUUUGUGGUCCAUGUGAUGAGUAAAUCAGCAGCAAAAGUCAUUGCUAAUGCACGCAGAGAAGGUAAGCCACCCCUAACCUCCACAUCUCACGACCUCUUGGGGCCAGCACUCCUGGCUUGCUUUCACAGGAGACAUGCAAGGCGGUCAUAUGUCUUUUUAUUCAUGGGUGCAGCCAGCUAGAGGAUAAUGGAUGGCAACUAUAUAAAUAACACCCACUUCUGCAAAGUCCCAAAAAUCAUUACCCAUGAUAUAUAUCAUAUUAAUAUUAACUUAGUUAGGUUGGAGAAACACACAUCGUGAACCUUACCCCACUUUCACAGAAAUAUAUAUAUGUCUGUCUGUUGGUCGCUCGGUCUGUCUAUCCCCAAUGGCGAAACUAUCGGGGUCGCAGUGGUCGCAGCUGUGACCUGGCCCGUCACUCCGGGGGCCUGGCCACCCUGCGGACCGCUGCGAUCAGGGUAAUGCGGCCCUGGGGCUGUUAGGGCCACCCGAUGGCACAGUAUUUCCAGUUGACCUGGUCCUCGCUGUGGUGCUUUAACAGCGCGACCAGUCCGACACUGUCAGACACUGGGAGGAAGUGACUGCCUUGGUCACUCCUACCAGCUAUCAUAAAAAGUCGUGCGGGAGGAGGAAGGAGAGGAGGGAGUCAGAGUGGGAACUCUGCCUCCCAUCAGCUGGAGCCAGCCACUGGACCCCUGGGAAAGUCACCCUCCUGCACCAAAAAGGUAGGAAACCGGAGGGUGACUAAAACAUUAAGCAUGUGUGUGUGUGUUUGUGUGUCAUUAUGUAUGUCUGUCUGUGUGUGUGUGUGUUUAUGUAUGUGUCUGUAUGUAUGUGUGUGUUUGUAUGUAUGUUUGAGUCUGUAUGCAUGUGUUUGUGUGUUUAUAUGUGUAUGUGUUUGUAUGUAUGUGUGUUUGUAUGUACGUGUCUGCAUGUAUGUGUGUGUGUCUGUAUGUGUGUGUGUGUCUGUAUUUAUGUAUAUAUGUGUUUAUAUUUAUGUGGCUGUGUGUAUGUGUGUGUAUUUGUAUGUAUGUGUGUGUCUGUGUGUAUGUGUGUGUCUGUGUGUGUUUGUAUUUAUGUGUCUGUGUGUAUAUGUAUGUGUGUGUCUGUAUGUAUGUGUGUGUCUGUAUCUGUAUGUAUGUAUGUAUGUGUGUGUACAUCUGUAUGUAUGUGUGUCUGUAUGUGUGUGUCUGUAUGUGUGUGUCUGUAUGUAUGUGUUUGUCUGUAUGUUUGUGUCGUGUGUGUAUGUAUAUGUGUGUGUCUGUAUGCAUUGUUUCUAGUUGUGCCUCUGUCUCUCUCUAUCUGUCACCAAAAAGAAAACAAAAAUAAUAGUGUCUGUGUAUCUGUAUGUUUGUGUGUUUGUGUCUGUAUGUAUGUUUGUGUCUGUGCAUCUGUAUGUGUGUAUGUGUGUGUAUCUGCAUGUGUAUCUGUUUGUCUGCAUUUGUGUCUAUAUGUAAAAAGUAUGGGGAGGGAGCAGGGCAAUUUUCGCACCGAGGCCCCGUUGUUUCUAGUUAUGCCUCUGUCUCUCUCUAUCUGUCACCAAAAAGAAAAAAAAGUAAUGGUUUAAAUCUGAUGUACAGGUGCUGAAGUUUCUUUAAUCUGUUACACAAUACCUUUUACCUUUUAAAAUCAUGCAAAAUAAUUACUGCAAAUGGGAACUGAUUUUCCAACGGCAUUUAAUGGUCCUCAGCAGAGAAAUUAAUCCAAAAUUUAGGAUGCAUAAUACAAAACAUUGAAUUAUUACACCGUUAUAACCUUUUCAUCUAGUAAUGCAAUCUAAACAAGCAGUUAUUCACAAUAGCAGCCGUGCGAAUAUACCCUCUUGUGUUUAAGAAAGCAUUCAUUAACUGGAAGAGGAACAUUCUUUUGGGAAACCUGUCAGUUGAAGAUUUAUAAUGCACUUGCAACAAAGAUGCAUUUUCAGCAUUAAACAUCAUACAUUAUUAGCUUUUUUGUCACCGUGGGAAUAAGUGCUGACAUUUCUUUUCAAAUGUAAUUUUAAUAUUAGAAAAGGUGAGGAUAGAUGCUGACCUAUCUUGAGUACGAAUGGUGUUAUCGUUUAUUUUUCAUUUCUCCCAGGGAAGGUUGUGUUUGGAGAGCCCAUUGCUGCCGGUCUUGGGACAGAUGGAACAAAUUACUGGCACAAGGAAUGGAGUCAUGCAGCUGCGCAUGUCAUGGGCCCCCCGCUUCGCCCCGAUCCAUCCACUCCAAAAUAUUUGAUGAACCUACUUGCUAAGUAAGACAUGGGGUGAAAUAGAUGAGUGAACACUGAACUCGUUGCAAAUCUAUACAUAUAUCAGGGCAUAGUUGGAGAAACUGAUAGGUACAGUUACAAGUACAUUCCAUUAGUUUUCAUGGUGACUGUACAAAUAUAGCAUUUUCCAUCAUAAUCAAUCCAUGACCCUUUGUUUUAAUUACAUGCAUACAAUGGAGGGCUUGAUUUCCUUAAUGAAAUGCUAAGUAGAAAUAUUCUCUGAUUAUACCAUGAUCAAUAUCAUUGUAUCAAUUAAAAAAAAAAAAAAAAAUUAAGGUUAUACAGAGGGAGGUUAAAUUAUGUGCUUUAUUUCAUUCUUAACAACCUAUUCUAUUAAAUACAGGUUAAGGAACGGGUUAAGGCUAUUAAAAAUAUGGAGAUUUAGUUCCACCAUAUGGCCAUAUUGUGUUAAGCCCACCCUUACAUCAUAGUACCCCAAUGUCGGUGGGUCCUGCACUAAUUUUAACAUGCAAUACCAACUUGCUAACUGCAACAUUUACUGCUUAAAACUGCUUUCAGAGACUCUCCUUAAAUGUAUGCUUUCCUUUGGUCACCUACGAUGGGACACAUAUAGUAGAUAGGUGGGGUGCUCAACCUAAAAGGAAUCUGGUCUGGAUUCCAAAUCUACACAUAAAAAAAAAGGGAAUUGAGGGCACAUCUGGAACAUGAGGGAUCUUAGUCCUUCUCUAGAUAAGUGUGUGUUAGAAAAAACAUCUGUCUUUCAUUAUUAAAUUUGCAGUUUCCAUUCUAUCCUUUAUUGACUGGAGAUACAGCUGGUUUUCAUGGCAUUUCAUGGGGUUAAAAGGGUAGAACCCAAUAAGUCAGAGGGGGAGUAGCACCCCACCAUCCUUAAACUUCACCAUCCAAAACUUCAUAUAUAAAUAGAUGAAAAUUAUGGAAACCGUGUCUGUAUGUGUAGGGAAAUUUUCCAUAUUUGUGCAUUAUUAUUAAUGGUUAAGGUAGCACAUUAUAGGUAAAUGAAAUAAUCAUUGCAACACAAAAGUUUACUUUAUAUUUUUUUAAAUAAUUCUCACUGAUCCCCUUUUCUCGUAGUGAUGAUCUCAGUGUCACAGGAACAGAUAACUGUACUUUUAGUACCUGUCAGAAAGCCCUUGGGAAGGAUGAUUUUACAAAGAUCCCAAAUGGAGUGAAUGGCGUUGAGGAUCGUAUGUCUGUUGUUUGGGAAAAAGGAGUGGUAAGAAUAUAAUUCUUAGCAAUGUUGUUGUCAAGGCUGACCUAACCCUAAACAUUCAUACCUAGACAGAGUAGAAGUGCAUGCUGGUCCUUAGGGUGGUCGGGCUGGCAUUAAGGUUAGGCAAACAGAAGGUUUGAAAACAGACUAAAAUGAAUAAUGAACAAGAAUGGUCAGGGAGCGCAGUAAGACAUAAUAUCAAGAAACAAGGCAAAGUCAGCAGUACAGAGGACAAGAGUAGUCAAACAAGCCAGAGUCAGUAACCAAAUAAUUAAUAAACACAAGGAACACUCUCUUAGGUGUAAAAGGACCACAAAAAUGGCACACAAUCUCUGGAUGAAUGAGUUUAAAUAACAUGAGCAUCUGACAUCACCAGGGCAACACCAAACCGUCAUAGAUUUGCAAUGCCAAUAUGACACCGGACUUGAAUGAUUUUGGCUACUUAUUUAGUGUGGACAUACUGUUCAUGCCAUAAUCGAUGCAGGACUGGUGCGAGGUUGGGAUUUGUUUUGGGUUCCAUUGCCUCACAGGAUCAAUGUUUAAGAUUGAGAUUUUUGCUAAGAUCUUUUUGCGGGACUGUUGCGACGUAGGGAUUUAGUCCCUUUUGCCUUGUGUCGAUUUGAUUACACUUUGCAUUAGAAUAACGCGGGAAUCAAGCAGAAAACACGACAGUUACUUAGUUAUAAUAUUAUUUUGUUAUUAAUAGAAAAUUGCAAAAAUAUCUAUAAUUUCCAAUUAAUCUUAGCUGCGAGUUAGUGUGUUUGAUUAGAUACAGUGUUUUUUUACUGUCUGAUAUAGUUGACUCAGUAUUCAGUAGGUAAUACUUCACAUGCAGGGGCAGGACAACUGGUGAUACUUCAUAAUUAGUGACAGGGCAGUAUUGGACGAGAUUCCGUCUGCUAGAUUUCAAUUCUAAAAUGGACAUGUGUUUUGCAAGGCAAAGUACAGUAUUGUUCAGGGGUUUCCAGUUUGGGUCUUCCAGCUGUUAUAUUACAUUUUCCAUCAUUUUCUGCCAGCCUUUGAAAUGAUGGCCCAGCCAAUCAGAUAGCUCUCAGAAGACAUAUUUUGUACACCCAAUGGGAUAUGAUUUUUAUGCAACAUUUUAUUAUGAUAUUCUAUGCAAUGUUACACUGAGUACCCCAGAUCAGUCUCUUAUCCCUUUGGGUCACAGGUUAUUUUACCAUUUGGGCCUUUAUUUGCUAGGAGCGGUUAUCUGGAAAAAGGCUCAUAUCCUGGCUACUGCUAUAUUCAUGUAUUCAUGUUCAGUUCCUCAACUCACCGUUGGCCUUUUCUUGUCCCCAAUGUAGGUUUCUACAUUGCCUAUUGUCUUCUGAGACAUAACUGUAAUUUUUUUUGUUUUGUCAAUCUCUUUCUUUUUUGAUUGAGGUUUUGGAGAAGUACAGAACAAGUCAAAAGGAGUUAUAACAGGAAUACAAAUGUGCAUCUGAGCGUAACAUAUGUAAGAGCAUGGAUGUAUCACUAUUAAUACGCACAAGAGAAUAAACUCUUAGUAACUUCAGCCUCAUUUAAGAAACAUAAUAGAAUCAGGCUAGGCCUAAAUGUCUAAAUAUUAGAUAUUAUCUGAGCUCUCUUUCACAUAAAGUCAUAGAAAUGAGGAGAGCAUAUUUUCAAAAAAGAAAAACUACCACAACAAGAGGACAUAGUCUUAAAUUAGAGGGACAAAGGUUUAAAAAUAAUAUCAGGAAGUAUUACUUUACUGAGAGGGUAGUGGAUGCAUGGAAUAGCCUUCCAGCUGAAGUGGUAGAGGUUAACACAGUAAAGGAGUUUAAGCAUGCGUGGGAUAGGCAUAAGGCUAUCCUAACUAUAAGAUAAGGCUAGGGACUAAUGAAAGUAUUUAGAAAAUUGGGCAGACUGGAUGGGCCGAAUGGUUCUUAUCUGCCGUCACAUUCUAUGUUUCUAGCUUUUAAUUGUGCUUUCCUCCAAUAUAUGGUUACAUGAUAAUAUAAUGACCUGACUUACUAUUGCGAUAUUGAGUAUUUCUCAUAACAUAACACACAGUUUUCUCCUAAUUACACUCUCUGACCUUUUCUGUCUGAGGUCUUUAUAUCUAGCCCAUGCAAUUUUAAGGUCAGGUGACUUUAUACUCCUUUUCUCUCUCUCUCAAUUAGUCUUUUGCUUCUAGUGCACUGUUUAAAGGACUCACUAUUAACUACUGGAGUACUGACAUUUAUUUUGGCAUCAACAUUAACCUUCAAUGCUUUGUUUCCUGUAAACUAUUGUUCCUACUGGAAGUUCCAGUGUUUUUGUUUAUUUGUUUGUUUUUUCUUAAAUUUUUUAAGUUGCAAUUCUUUCUAAGACCCAAUCUAAAUUUCUUGACUUUCUUGUCUUUUAAGGGUUGGGUUUAAGUCAGAUAUUUGAGGAUAGUUGACUUGCUAUUCUCCGAUAAUACUGUUGUAUUUUACGCACAGCUUCAAUUAUCAGUUGCUUCCUUUUUAUUGCAGCACAGCGGGAUUAUGGAUGAGAACAGAUAUGUGGCUGUCACAAGUUCUAUUGCUGCAAGGAUAUUUAACAUGUAUCCACAAAAGGGGAGAAUCGCCAAGGGCUCCGAUGCUGAUAUUGUUAUUUGGGAUCCAGAAGCUACUAGGUAACAACGAAAUUCAUUUAUUUCCUUAAUAUUUCAUUAAUAGAUUAACUUAAAGGGUCACUCCAAACACCAUGAACAUUUCAGUGAUUUGAAGUUGUGAUGGUGCCUGCAGUUUAUAUCUGCAACAUUUGAGUAUGAAACACUGCACAUAUGGACAUUAACCCCUUAGCUAACAGAGUUGUCAUGAGCUGUAUAAUGUAAAUAGUCAUACCAAUUCAUACCAGCAAUGGGCACUGUGAUAGGUUGAAAGAGGUCACAUGGCAAUCUUCACCAAUCACAGCUACCCAUUGCUGCUCAGGCAAAUGCUUCCUUAUUAAUCUAAGCAGCAAAGAGAGGAUGGGCUGCUGAGGACUCUUGUUUAGCUUUAAAACAUUAAAAGUGGUUUAACCCUGAAUGAAUGAAUGAGAGAACUCCAGACACUAUAACCACUUCAAUGAGAUGAAAACAUUACAGUGUCUAUAGCGUCCCUUUAAACAUGGUUAUUUAACAUUCAAUUUUAGAUUCCCUUUUAAAGUUAAUAGGCAGUAUGUAGGAAUUGUGGUUUAUAAAUCUUAUAAAAAUUUGACAUCUUGAUGCUAAAACUAAUGCACAAAUGUACUUAAAUAUAGUUCUACAAAAUUCUGUGGAGCAUAAAUCCAAAAAUUACUAAACAAUGCUAGAAUAUUAAAAUGGCAGAAUAGUUCAAGGAUAGAAUGAAUGCGCCAUUUGAGAAUUAAUUAUAUAAUUGCACCUGAGUCAGCAAAGAUUAGCUAUAUUUGAGAUGUUCUAAAAUCAGGAGUCAGCAACAUGAGGUGUGAUCAGUACUUAACAAAACCAUAAAUGAUAUAUUGUUUUAUCGAGCAGAUCCCUAUGCUAUAAUCUUAUGCAGAAAGCAGAAAUGGAAAAUUAUAGUAUUCUACACAUUUUGCUGCCAUCAAUGAAAUAAAUCAACAAUAUUUAUCUGUUAAAAUCAAUGCAAAAUGUAUGAAAUGUUGCUAUCGUCUUUGGUCUUGUCCCAAAAAUCCCAUUUCUCAAUUGCUAUCCAGUCGCCAAGGUCUAUUUACGCAGUGGAAAUCUUUUUACAAAUAUAACACUGCAGAUGGCACAGCCAGUAAGAGUAGUUGAGAUGUGGAGUUGAGCUCAACUGAUACCUUCCAAAGAAAGCAGGAUACUUUCUAGAAACAUUGGUGCAAUGGUUAUAGCUAUCGUAGUACAUUCAGCUAGAAUAUUGCUUGAGGAAGAAAAUUAAAUUAUCUUCAGAUUUGUAUUUAUUUAUUUUUUUAAACAUUCUGUGUUUAUUAAGUUUUCAUUGUAAAAUUAAGUGUUACAGAAAGGAAACGUUGCGUGGGUUAGUACAUAUAUAUAUAAAUAUAUAUAUAUAUAUAUAUAUAUAUAUAUAUAUUUGUCAAAUAAAUCAACAGUCAUUUGGGUACAGAGUGUAACAGGAUAGUUCCAUGGCUAUUCAUUUAAUCAGUACGUGUCGUAAGCGUUAUAUCUGUGUUAGAGUAGGGAAAAUCGGAAAUGGCAUACAAACUGUUUUGAUAUGUUUUGCCAUCUAUAUAUAUAUAGCUAUCGUAGUACAUAGAGAUAGAAUAUUGCUUGAGGAAGAAAAUUAAAGGAUCACUAUAGGGUCAGGAACACAAACAUGUAUUCCUGACCCUAUAGUGUUAACACCACCAUCUAGCCCCCUGAGCCACUCAUGGCUCCAUAAAUAUAGUAAAAAUCUUACUGUAUUCAAGCCUGAAGCUGUAAAUCUGCAUGCUGUUAGACUCAGAAAAACAAGCAGUCUGCUGACAUAGGACACGAGGUCAUGCGUUUAGACUGGAAGAAAGAAGAUUUCGUCUAAGGCAAAGGAAAGGUGUUUUUUUUACUGUAAGAACAAUACGGAUGUGGAAUUCUCUGCCUGAAGAAGUGGUUUUAUCAGAGUCCAUAUAGAUGUUCAAACAGCAACUAGAUGCAUACUUGCAAAAACAGAAUAUUCAAGGAUAUAAUCUUUCAAUGUAGGGUAAUAACUGCUUGAUCCAAGGAUAAAUCUGACUGCCAUUCUGGGGUCAAGAAGGAUUUUUUUCCCUAGCUUGUUGCAAAAUUGUGCUUCAAACUGGGUUUUUUGCCAGAGUGUACAGAGUGUAACAGGAUAGUUCCAUGGCUAUUCAUUUAAUCAGUACGUGUCGUAAGCUUUAUAUCUGUGUUAGAAUAGGGAAAUCGGAAUUGGCAUACAAACUGUUUUGGAUAUGUUUUGCCAUCUUCUUCAAGAGCAAAUGCAGAGAGUGACUUUCUCAAUGCUGUAUCUUUUUUCACCAAACUGAUUGACACUGUGUUAUUUUGUAACUAAAUCUAUCCAACUGAUUGUAUUAAACAUGAGCUGCAAAUAAAAAAUAUCACAUAGGCAAUUUAGCAAAACUACCCACUGGCUAUAUAAAUGAGCAACAUGUGAGAGCUGCCACAGAGACGUUUAGGGGCAUCUGCCCAGCACAAUGCUAAAUAAUUCAUGUAUAUAUAUUCGUUUAAUCCAGUUAUCUAAUAUAAAAUUAAGUGAGUGGAGCAUGAUGUGAUAAUGUGCUACCAUGUUUCCCCGAAAAUAAGACAAUUAAUUUUUGCUUCAAAAAAAUACACUAGGGCUUAUUUUCAGGUAAUGUCUUAUUUUUAAUGUACAGUACAACAAUAAAUGUGCAAAAAGCAUUUAUUCCAAGACAAUAAUGUCAUCUUCUUCUGGAACAUCAUCAUAACUCUCUAAACCAGUGGUGUACACACGAUCCAUGGGGCCCCGGUGCUAAAACUGAUCUGUGCCCCCCCCCCCCCGGUGGUUACACAGCACGGGCCAGGGACGCAACACAUGGCAACAGGAACCCGGUAACAGACAUACACACAAAUACAUACACACACAGACAGACAGACAGACAGACACCCACACACAUAUAUAUAUAUACACACACAUACAGACAAACAUACAGAUAAACAUUCAUACAGACACACAUACAUACAUACAAACAAACACACACUUAUACAAACUAUUUUAGUCACCCUUCUCUUUCCUACCUUUUAGAAGCAUGAGGGUGACUUCCCUGGGCACCCUGAUGGGAGUCAGCAUUCCCACUCUGACUCCCUCCUCUCUUCCUCCCACGCAACUCCCGUUGUAAGCUGGGAGGAGUGACGUGGCAGUCACUUCCUCCCAGCUGUGAUGUCAUCAAAGGGGGCCCGGUCGCUCUGUUAAAGCGCCGCAGCACUGACCGGGCCCACUGGAAAUCUAUAGCCAUCGGGUGGCCCUAACAGCAUGGGACACCUGAUGGGCCCUUUAACAUGCAGCCCUGGUGGUUAUACCUGUCUCAUGUCCAGACAGAUUCACUGUAACAUAAAUUAAAUACCACCAUUAUUAUAAAACAUUAAAUGCCACAAUAUUUUAAAUUAAAUAGCACCAAAGAAAUUAAAUACAUAAUUUAUUACAGCUAUAAAUUAUGUAUUCAAUGUAAAAUGUAUGUAUUAGGCAGUAUGGGUGUAUGGAUUUAUUCAGUAUGGGUGUAUUGAUUUAUGUAUCAGGCAGUAUGUGUGUAUACAUAGCUGGCUCAUCCAAAGGGUCCAGUGGGGCCGUGGCUCCAGACGGCAUCUUGCCCAGAGGCGGCAUUUUGCACACCUGUCAUUAUCUAACAAAAUACUAACCAGUUGGGGAAGCUUUCGCAUUUUCCAUUCAGUCCCUCUGCCGCAGCGCCACAGCGCAGCACAAGCAGCAGGACACUGAGCCCCAUAAUUGAAUCAGGAGCCAGAAUUGAGCAAGCAGGAAUGGGGUCAUGAGAAGCAAAGCCCUUAGAAGUUCAGACUCCACUCCAGUCAGGAGCCACACCACCAUGGAUACAACAAAGAUAAGUGUCAUGAUUGGCACACACAAGAAUCCAAUCCCUAGCACACACAGACACACUGCAUCCCCAGCACACACAGACACACUGCAUCCCCAGCACAUACUGCAUCCCCAUCAUACACAUACACACUAAAUCCCCAGCACACACAGACACAGACACAGACACACUGCAUCACCAGCACAUACUGCAUCCCCAUCAUACACAGACACACUGCAUCCCCAGCACACAUUGCAUCCCCAUCAUACACUGCAUCCCCAUCAUACACAGACACACUGCAUCCCCAGCACACACUGCAUCCCCAUUAUACACAUACACACUGAAUCCCCAGCACACACAGACACACUGCAUCCCCAGCACACACUGCAUCCCCAUCAUACAAAGACACACUGAAUCCCCAGCACACACAGACACACUGCAUCCCCAGCACAUACUGCAUCCCCAUCAUACACAGACACACUGCAUCCCCAGCAGACACACAGACACACUACAUCCCCAGCACACACACAAACACAGACACACUGCAUAUCCAGCUCUCACACACACACACACACCAUCUCCAGCACACACAGACACACUGCAUUUCCAGCACCUAUACAAACUACAUCCCAGGCGCACACGCACAACAUCCCCAGCACAAACACAGACAGACUAAAUCCCCAGCACACACAUACACAUUGCAUCCCCAGCACACAUACAUACAUUAUGUAACCCAAGCACACAGAGAGACACACUUCAUCCCCACCAUCACACUGCAUCCCCAGCACACACAGACACACUGCAUUCCUUGCACACAUACACACUACAUCCCAGGCACACACACAACAUCCCCAGCACAAACACAGACACACUAAAUCUCCAGCACACACAGACACACUGCAUCCCCAGUACACAUACACACAUUAUGUAACCCAAGCAUACAGACAGACACACUUCAUCCCCAGAGUCAGACUGCAUCCCCGGCACACAGACACACGUUAUAUAACCCCAGCAUACAGACAGACACAAUUCAACCCCAGCACACAGACACAAAUUAUAUAUGUCCAGCUCAUACACACAGACAUUGCAUCCCCAGCACACAGACACUGCAUCUCCAGCACACAGACACACAUUAUAUAUCCCCAGCACACACACACAGACACGGCAUCCCCAGCACACAGACAUUUCAACUUUAAUGAAUAGACAGGGGGAAAAAAAAGAGAAAAUGACAAAAGUCAAUGACAUGGCUAUUAACUAAACUGAGAAUUGUUGGAGCUGCAAAAUGAAUUAAAAGUUAAUUUCAAAUGUUAGGUCAAAGUAGCUAAAUCUGGAGAAUGUUUUUUUUUGUCCUUAAAUUAGAAAUUCACUUUGAAUUCCCAACAAUUUUCGCUGUAGUGAAUAACCCUAUCGGUAUAAAGAGAAACAGUCUGGAGAAAAUCCAUGGCAUAGAAUGAGCAGAGAAAUCAUGAACAAAGAGUCUGCAAGUGUUGGGAAAACAGAAACUGGAUAAAGAUGGGGAUAAACGCUAACGUGAGAGAUUGUUAAAAGUAGAAAUCCGCCCGAACAUUGACCAGUUCAAUAGUGCAUGGAAUCCCGCGAACCUAUGUUCAGUGAAACUUUCCCGAAUAUAGAUUAGCUUACUCGCGAAUGGAAUCCCGCGAACCUAUGUUUAGGAAAAAUUCUCCGAACAUAGAUUGCCGAAUGCCGACUAGGGCUUAUUUUCGGGGUAGGGCUUUUAUUACAAGCAUCCCCCAAAAAUAAGCUAGGGCUAGGGCUUAUUUUUGGGGGAUGUCUUAUUUUCAGGGAGGCUUUUGUUUGAAGUUGACUCCCAGGCCUACCUGGAUGAGGUAUAUCCAAACCCAAAUCUUUCCAAGAGCACAGCACAGUUUGAAACAACUCAUCUGUGGAAAUACAUAUCAUGAAUCUUGAACUAUACUAAAUAUAACAAUACCUAGAGAUCUCGAUACAUACAGUGUAUAUAAAUGUACAUAUUCUUUAACCGGUUUUAAUAUCAUCGUAAAUCCCCUUUUUCCUCUCUUUCGUUAUUGUCUGGAUAACAUUGGAAGAUCAGUAUUUCCUGAAAAUAUUCCAAUGGUCAUUAUUUAAAACAACACAAGAAAUCAAUAACUUAUUGCCAUUUGGUGUCACUCAACAUGCAGUCUUGCUGCCCUUCUCAGCAUUUUCGAGGAGUAAAAUUAGGUCACAUGACUGGCAGAGUUCUAGUGCUAGCUCACAGCUGCCUCUUUCUCGACUUGAUUAAAUAUUUAAAUCACUCAUUUUGAAUUUCUUGAUGAGCAUUAUUGUCAUGUUAAUAUCUCAGAACCAACCCUGAACAAUUAUCACAACAUUGACGGAAGGAAAUUAGAACGCCAGUUAUCAACAUCACACUUGUUUAACGCAAAUAAAAAGUAAAUCAGAAAUGCUCAAAGAGUUAUAGCCGUAAUCUUCCGUACCACUUGAUAAUGUAGUGUAAGAUGCUGUGUGCAUUCUAAAUGUAUCCAGGUUUAUUUUUUCCCUUUCUUAGCCGCUAGCUGGUUUUGAUGGAUUUGACAUGACUGCUAAACAAGAUGAAAGUAAUUGUCUCUGACAGAUGUUACAAAUAUUAUAUUUUCUUAACCUGAAAAUUGUGUUGCAGGUACGGAGUUCGCCAUACUGCUGCAGACCCCUAAUGGAUUACUUAUUCUGUACAGCUGAUCUUUUUGUUCAGACAAGCUAGGCUUAGAUACACUUGAAAUCAAAAUGUUAUCUUCUGUCAUUUUGUUUUUUCAUUUCAUGUUUAGUUUCAAACAUUUUUGUUAAUGUCAGUAUUAAUGAUAUCCAUAAGUAAGGUAGUUAUACAUAUUGCAUUGCAAACAGCAAGUUGGAUUUUGCAGAGGAACAUUAUAAUCACCAGAACAACUACAGCUUGAUGUAGUUGUUCAGAGGAGUAGUCAGUCCCUUCAGGCUUUUUGCAGUAAACAUUGUUUUUCAGAUAAAAGGCAGUGUUUACAUUAAAGCCUAGGGAUACCGCCACUGGCCACUCCUCAGGUGGCUGCUAGAGGUGCUCCCGUUGUGCUGAACGCUCCUGGAGGAAGUCCCGCACCCAAGCAGACUUUCUCCAUUAUAGAUUCAUGUUGCUUUCAUACAGCGCAGCCCUUGCCCUUGCCAAACAGUCAUACUUUUCCUCUCUCAUUAGUUCAUGCUCCCGCAAUUCCAGACGUCUCUUUGACACCUUUAAUUCCCUUCUCCGCCCGGCUGUGGCCACCCCCCAAACUAACCUUACAGCUGAUAGCUUUGCAUGCUACUUUACCAACAAGAUUGAACAGCUAAGGAAACAAUUCUCCCCUCCUUGCCAUUCUCUUUCUCUACCACACGUAAAUCAUGCUUUCCCUACCAUCCAGACUUUCUCCCUGAACAAGAGGUGGCUGCGCUUCUCCAUUCCUCUCACCCCACCACUUCCCCGCUCGAUCCUGUCCCAUCUCACCUCAUCAGAUCUCUCUCCCCUUGUCUUGUGCCUACCCUAACACACAUCUUUAACUGCUCUCACUCUUCUGGCAAAAAAAACAUCUCUUGACCCAUCCUCCCCCUCUAACUAUCAUCCCAUAUCCCUGCUGCCUUUCUCAUCUAAGCUUUUGGAAAGACUUGUCUUUACCCGUGUGUCUUACUUCCUUAUUUCCAACUCUCUCCUUGACCCUCUUCAGUCUGGCUUCCGCCCUCUCCACUCUACUGAGACUGCUCUUAUCAAAGUGACUAAUGACCUAAUCUCCGCUAAAUCCAAAGGUCACUACUCCAUAUUAAUUCUCCUUGACCUCUCUGCUGCCUUUGACACCGUUAAUCAUGCUCUCCUCCUUCAAACUCUUCAAUCGCUUGGUCUCUGUGACUCUGUCCUCUCUUGGUUUUCCUCCUAUCUCUCCUAACGCUCAUUCAGUGUCUCCUUUUCCAAGGAUACCUCCUCCCCUCGUCCUGUCUCGGUUGGAGUUCCCCAAGGCUCUGUCCUUGGUCCCCUUCUAUUUUCUCUUUAUGCUGCCUCUCUUGGUAAACUUAUUGCCUCUUUUGGAUUCCACUACCACCUGUACGCUGAUGACACUCAGAUAUACCUCUCCGCCGCCAUCCUGCAACAUGUCACUGCUUGCCUUUCUUCCAUCUCUGACUGGAUGUCCUCACGCUUUCUGAAACUCAAUCUCUCUAAAACUGAACUCCUUGUCUUUCCUCCUCCUAAUACUGAUCCUCCUCUCUCGCUCUCCCUUCAAGUCAGUGAUAUCCACAUAAGUCCAUCCCUGCAAGCGCGCUGUUUUGGUGUCAUACUUGACUCUGGUCUCACCUUUGAGUCUCACAUCCAGUUUGUUGCCAAGUCCUGUAGGUUUCAACUCAAAAACAUAGCCCGCAUCCGCCCCUUUCUUACACAAGAUGCUACGAAGGAGCUUGUCCAUCCUCUAGUAAUUUCCCGCAUGGAUUACUGUAACCCUCUCCUGAUUGGUCUCCCCAAAAGCCGUAUUGCCCCGCUAAAGUCUGUAAUGAAUGCUGCAGCUAUACUGAUUUUCCUCUCUAGUCGGUCCUCUCACACCUCACCCCUUACAUUGGCUCCCUGUGUCCUAUAGGAGUCAAUUCAAAGUGCUAACCCAUACAUUUAAAGCACUGAACAAUUCUAGCCCCUCUUCAUUGAUCCAUAGGUAUGCCCCUCCUGACCACUGCUCGCACCCGUACGGCCAACUCGCGCUUGCAGGACCUCUCGCGGGCGGCUCCUUUCCUAUGGAAUAGCUUGCCUACUGCCAUCAGACUCUCCCCUAGUCUUCAAUCUUUUAAGAAGGGCCUUAAAACCCAUCUCUUCAGGAAAGCUUAUGGCCUCCCAGAGUAAAAUCUACCUUACAUACCUGUCCUAUAGGACAGUGCUUUACUCUCUCCUCCAGCUCUGCUUCACUCCCACCCUGUUUAAAAUUUCCUGUCCUAACAUUUCUAAUACCCCACCUCCAAUAGAAUGUAAGCUUGAUUGAGCAGGGCCCUCUUCAACCUAUUGUUCCUGUAAGUUUUCUUGUAAUUGUCCUAUUUAAAGUUACAUCCCCCCUCUCAUAAAAUGGCAAUAAUAAUAAUAUACGAAUAAGAUACUAAGACAAAGAAAACAUUAUUGUUUUUUCUGUCACCUGGCAAGGAUCCUGGUUAUGACUUGUUUUAGGUUUGUGGGGUUUUUAGUGAUAGGGUAGAUGUCUACAUUAAUGUGGUUUAUAUAGAUGAAGGAUAGAUUACCAAGUUUCACAGAGAUUAUCUUUACAUUUACCUGUGACAUAACAACGGAACCUGGUGGGAUUGAUGUAUUAUGCCAAGUGGUGCAGGUUUGAAACCACACAGACUGUAAUAUUGUAUUGAAGCAUUUUUUUAUUCCAGUUUGGCUACUUUGAGCAUACAUUUGCAAUGUCUCCACACCCUCCAGUUUGGUGCCUAAGCCAUAAAUGUAUAUCAUGUGAAAUUCUGUGUUCUCCACCGACAAUGUUUCUAGCACCCUGCUUUACAAUUCAAGCAUAUACUAUGCAGCAUCUAUGAUCCUUAAUAGUUCACCUGAUUGCUAGGAUGAAAGCAUCCUAAAUCUGUAAUCUUCUGAGCAUUUGCAGAGUUUGAUCACUUUAAACUAUAAAUCUGGUUUAUACUGCUUGCCUGACCCGAGAAACAUCUUCAUAGUUCUAUAUUGAACUUUUGUAUUUUGCACAUUGAUGCAUGAUAUAUUGGAUUCUAGCAAAGAAUAACCUUUAGCCGUUUUCUCGGAAUUGAGAAAAAAAAAACAAAAAACAUUUGAAAAGUGUAAUAAUCUUGUCACCCGUAACUUGCUUGUGCUGCAGUGCUGGGUGCCAUGGCAACAUGAAGGAAAAUUGUUCCUCGCUAUGCCACGUUAAUGGUGUGUUGUGUGUGCAAAUCUAUAAAAACUUGCAUCUAGUUGUUUGCACUCUUCAUUAAGUCAUUAUGACUUUUCCUUUGGAGUUUGACGGAUAAAUUGCAGCUGUAGCCUCUAUUGUUGCCAUAUAACACGCGUCAUAAGAAGGAUGGUUUGUUGGAAAAAUAUGAAUGAAAUACAAGGACAUUUACUGUAUUUAUAAAGCAUCUAUAUUAAAAUACAUUGAAUUAUGUGCAUGUGGCCAAUGCUGAGCUACGUAUCUUUAUCUCAUUCCAUUCACUAUUAAAGUAUUGCCAUGAGAACAGCACUGCACAAUGAAUUGGACGUUCUAAGCACCGUUCCAUUACAGCACAGUGUUGAUAUUAUAUUAACCGUAGUCUCUGAUGCAGUCACCCCAGUUCUUUGUUAAACUGUUUAGGAGUGGUUUGACAAAAUCGAGUCACUUGUCUCCUCUUCAACCACUUUAAUAAUGCGGAAUAAACACCAGCACGUUAAUGGUGUGAGUUUUGUCCAAUGUGGACCCAACCACACUGCUGGCCAUCACAGUAAGCUUUGUUUGCUAUAUCACAAGCUUCCUUCUUCAAAUUUAGUUGCUCUCUGUAUGUAUUCAAAUAGCUCUUAUCUUAAAGAAACACUCCAAUCAUCAUAACCAUUACAGCACACUAUGGAGCCAGAAGCCCCUAACCUGUAACUUUCAUUAGCUCUCCUGAGCUAAGACUUUCAGUGCAGGGCUCACUCAAUAGCUGCGAGCUCAGACAGAGAGACUCCAGCUGUCUGAAGUAGUGGAGACAGGAAGCUCCACCAGGCAAACCAGGUAAUGAAUCAAAUCGAUUUCUGGCAGUGUAGAAGAGCACUCCUGCCCUUAUAAACAUUACUGGUCGCCAUAGUGGUUAUAGUGCAUGGAGUGUUCCUUGAACGGCUUAUCUUUUUCUCUGCUCCUAUGUAUAGAGAUUUGUGCGUUGAUGACUUUUACAGCACACUUGAUCUUAAGCAGACAAAGUCCUUCAAUCUUCGUUAAGUGUCUGAAUCUAUCAUUAUCAUAUGACUGUUAAUUCAUGAAUAGUAUGAGCCAAAGAUCGAUGAUCUUUAUUGAGGCAGUUAGAUAACUUCAUGACAUCAGCAGAAGAGAGAUGCAUAUUUCAAUUUGAAGGCCAGAACAUAAUAUCUACUAAAAUGAUUAUAAAUUGAAAGCUUUUUAAGUUAGUUAGAGUGCUGGUUCUACUAGCAUUGUAUAAAAAAAACACUUGAACUUACUAAGCUGUUCGUUGAGCAUCUCUAAGUUGUGCCACCUGUCUCUUAGGAUCAGUAAGCUAGAUCGUGAAGUGACAAUAUAGACACAAGUAUUUCCCCCCUGGCAUCUCUAUCCAGAGAACAGGAUAUAGUAUGUGGCUCGUAAAUUUCAGAAUUUAACACCACUGAAUGUGUUUAAAAUGGCAAUAAUCCCUUCAAACAGUUUGAAUACUCGGAAAAGGUUGCAGGCAAAAUGAGCGACGUCAAAACUGAACUAAAAUUGAAAAUACAAAAUAGGCUUUGCAAAACUACAUUAACCCAGUUAAAUAUCUGAACGUUCUGCAGCAUUUCAAAGAAAUAGAAUACAAACAAAUACACUUUAUUCUGUUGUCUAGGAAACCAUAUAGUUAAAACAAAACUGAACCUGACACAUAACGUACUUAUUUUACUGACCUAAAUAAUAUGGGGUGUAGCAAGUUUGUUUCUUUGUUAGUUUUUGAAGAAGAAACUCAGAAAGCAUAUAAAACAAUGUAGUCAUAAGCAUUAAAUUUCAAACUAUUAUUAUUAUUAUUAUUAUUAUUAAUGGUUAUUAUUUAUAUGGCGCCAGCUUAUUCCGUGGUGCUUUACAAUAAAAGGGGAAUUUACCAAAUGAGACAAAAACAAAAUGUAACAGGAACAAUAGGUAGUUGAGGACCCUACUCAAACAAGCUUACAGUCUAGAGGAGGGGGGUAUAAAAACACAAUAGGAAGGGUAUUGAGAGAGACAGCAAAUAGACAUGGUGGGAAAGUGGCAGAUCUGAAGGUGAGAGUGGAGUGUGGCCCUAUAGGAGAGAGCGGGAGGAAGGUUUGAGAGAUAAAAGUUACUCAUAAGCAAUCCUGAAAAGAUGGGUUUUGAGGGAUUUCUUAAAGGAUUGAAGACUAGGGGCGAGUCUGACAGUGGUAGGCAGGCUGUUCCAAAGGAAAGGAGCCACCUGUGAGAAGUCUUGCAGGCGUGACUUUGCAGUAAGGGUGCGAGCAACAGACAGGAGAAGGUCACCAGUAGAGCGGAGAGACUGAGAGAGGGCAUACAUAUGAAUCAGUGAAGAAAUGUAAGAGUUGAUUAGAGCUUGAUAGGUAAGGGUUAGUAUUUUAAAUUGACACCUGUAGGGUACAGGAAGCCAGUGUAAGGAUCGACAGAGGGGUGAGGUAUGGGAGGAGCAACAGGAUAGAAAGACCAACAUGGCAGAAGCAUUAUCCACAGACUGUAGGAGGGCAGUACGGCUUCUGGGGAGAAAAAUUGGAGAGAAUUACAGUAAUCGAUGCAAGAGAUUAGUAGAGCAUGAAAAAGCUCCUUGGCAGCAUCUUGCGUAAGAUAGGGACGUAUGCAGGCAAUGUAUUUAAGUUGGAAUCGACAGGUUUUAGCAACAAACUGGACAUGAGGUGCAAAGGUGAGGCCAGGAUCAAAAGUAACACCAAGACAGUGGGCUUGAAAGGAUGGGAUGAGGCAGAAACCCUACACUGCCACCUUUACUGUCAGACUGUCUUGGAUUGUGCUUAAACUGUAGGCCACCAUAGGAUAAUGAGGCAGGGGUAGCUGUGUCAGAAGGAGAGAGACAAGUUUCAGUUAAAGCAAGUAAGUUUAGUAUCAUAUUAUAUAGUAUAUUAUCAUGUAUAUAACUAAAUGAUUGGAAGCCUUAGUAAGGAAUCAAAUUCAUGUAUGUCAAUCUGUUCAUCUGUCUGUUAAAAAAGAACCUAUAUAGAGCAUCAUUAAUGAACCCUGUAGGGAGAGUUUCAGAGCCAUGUGCAGGGAUGGACUGACAGCCUUCUGGGCCCCUGGGCAAAAUUACCUCUUGGGCUCCUUGAGAUAUAUAUAUAUAUAUAUAUAUAUAUAUUAUUAUUAUUAUUUUAUUUUUUUAUGAUUAUUCAAACUGUUGAUUCUCUACACACCGCUCACUGACAUGUACACAAUGUCACUACCCACAAGCUCACUGACACAUUCAUAAGCUCACUCACAGACACACAAGCUUACUUCUGAAAAAUCACUACAGACAAGCUCACCCACAGACAUUCAAGCUCACUACACACAGCUGACUUCACACAAGUUCACAACAGACAUUCAAGAUCACUAUAGAAAUAAUCACUACACACCACUCACUAUGCACACCAAGCUCACUACAGAAAGCUUGUUGACAUAUCCAAGCUCACUACAAACCUCUAACUACACACAAACCCACACAGCUCACUAUGGACAGCUCACUGACACACACAGGGCUGGCCUUAGGCCUUUAGGCACCCUGUGAGAAACAUCUCUCACCUUUCAUACAUGUAUAGUGUGUGUAUAGAAGUGUAGUGAGUGUAUAGGGGAUUUAUUAAAUUAAUAAUGAUUUAAAAAUAAAUAUUCAUUACACACACAUACACACAGAGUAACAGGCAGACAGUCACACACACACAGUUACAGGCAGACAAUUACAAACACAUACAGGUACAGAUGGACCGUCACGUACAUACAGCCAACAUACAUUGUCACACACACACCAUUACAUGCAGACAGCCACACACACACACACAGAGGCAGACAGUCACGCAGACAGUCACGCACACACACACACACAGGUAGACAGCCACACGCACACAGGCAGACAGCCACACACACACAUGCAGACAGACACACACACACACACACAGGCAGAAAGUCACACACACACACAGGAAGACAGUCUCACAUACACACACAGGCAGACAGUCACACACACACACACACAGUCACACACACAGGCAGACAGUCUCACACACAUGCAGACAGCCACAAACAGACAGACAGUCAUACCUAUGUUCAUUAUGGAGGUGGAAGUAGUGCAGCUCCUGGAUUCUGGUUGUUGGGGAAGCAGGGACUCCUUCCUGCUUCCCAUGCAGCAAUUACCCAGCAAUUCUAGUCCCGCCCCACCAUCAUUUAGCCCCGCCCCCACCACAAUGGUUUGUAUUUUUUUUUUUUACCCCAAAGGCCGGCCCUGAACACACACACACACAUUCACUAAACACAAGCUCACCAAACACCACACACACUCAGUGACACACACACACACACACAAGUCCACUAAACACAAGCUCACCAAACACAAACCCAAGCUCACUAAGCACACACAAGCUCAUUAAACACAGACUCACUGACACACACAUGCUCACACACACACAGGCUCACUACACACAAGAUCACGCUGUCACUCACCCUUUGCUGCUGUGGAUACAGAGCUGGAAGCCUGGAACACAGGCUGUUCCUUACAGCAUGGCCGGGUUGGAGCUGGGGGUGGAGCUUAGGUGCUGCACGUAGGAGAAGCUUACAGGGGCCUGUAGGGGUUUACCUUUGACUCCACAGAGGGGAUGGGCUGAGGGAGGAGGAAAUUCCCCUCCUCUAAUACAAAUGUAGAGCUCUCCCGCUGGGGAAGUAUAUCAGAGACUAGGUACAGAGAGGUUCCUGCUGGUAUCACACUGCAUUGCUGCCUUUUUUAACACUGGGCUGAUUGGGGAGAUCCUCUGAUCUCCCCUGCCCAGCCACAGCAGCUCUGGGCCCCUGUUUGCCACGGGCCCUCGUUCCGCCCCUGGCCAUGUGCCUAUUAUAUGCAAAAAGGAAAGAAAGUAGAUACAUGUAAUCACACCAACAAAAGUGUGAUAAAACAAUGUAUCACCUGGCCAUAUGAACAGUCCUAUCACAUAUAAAAGUAUACAAAAUGCCUAAUGUCAGAUUAUCUAGUAUAUAUCAAGAAAAUCUGAUAAAGAUAAUGGUGAAUAAAUAAUAAAAAUUAAAUAACCACCUCGUAAUGUAUAGUCCUAAAAGUAUAUCGCCGUCCGGCCUAUUAGUAUAUAGGUAUAGUUUAAAAUGUAUAAUGUGAGCUUUAUUAAAGAUGACUCUUAAUAUAAAUGAAACAACCCGGAUACCUUAUCUCAUGUGAUAUACUCAAAAAAAUCCCUCCUUAUAGGGAAUAUCCCACAUUCAUAUGUGUAUCUUCAUACACUGUUAAGAUAGCUCAAAGGAAAAGAGGAAGCAUAGUCAGGAAUGUUAGUGAAUAGAGAGUAGAGGAUACAAGAUCAGAAGCCAGCUUAAAAAACAAGCUGGUGGUAAAAUUAAAAAACCUCUCUCCCUGUUAAACUAACUAGACAGACAUAGGAGCAAUAAAGGAUAGAAAAAAUAGUAAUAAUUAUAACCACAUGAUAAACAAAAAAAGUGUUAGGCAAAAAGUGCUGUGCCCAGUGCUCAUAACCUAAGAAAAAAGCAAACGCCCGAUGCCCGUUUCGGUGCUAUGUGAGAUGCACCUUCGUCAGGGGCUAACGUAGGUGCAUCUCUCAUAGCACCGAAACGUGCAAAGAUCUCCUUACCCAGGCCAUUGCAGGCUUCUAUACUUGAAGAGGGAGGAGCCUGGUAAACUCUCUGUCUGCACUUUCACUGGGUCCUCUCCUUCGCAAGCCCGUCCUAUCAGAAGUUUGCUAUGGGUUACCAUGGCAACACUCCACCACAACACCCAGCAGAGGUGCAAACUGAAGCCUCUACAGUACCACCAGGGAAUGUGGUGUCCCCAUUCCCUGGCCAGAGCUAAGAGGCAUGGAGGGAUGGGAAUAACAACAAAUAAAGCUAAAAAAAGUAAUAAUUAAAAAAUAUAAAGCUACUUCUCUCACCCCCACGGUUCCUACCAUUUAUCCCACCCCACAAAUUCACACACACUGCUUCCCUUACACACAUUUAACAUCCCCUGUAGACACACACUCAAUACAUCCCCCAUACACAUUAGCUGAAAUUACUGCAAUUAUGGUAAAUUUUUCCCAAAUUUCUAGUUAAAAUAUAUAGAUGUGUCUUAAAUUCCAGUGUGUCUUAUAUGAAAACAAAUGUAUAAAGUUUCAAGACUUAUUCAUAUAACAUGUUCCAAGUUUAAACACAUGCUGUCAAGCGUAUUGACCAUAUCUGACAAUGCACAUCACCAUCUUACUUUACAGGACUAUUUCUGCCAAGACCCACCAUCAGGCUGUGAACUUCAACAUUUUUGAGGGAAUGGUUUGUCAUGGCGUACCUUUGGUGACCAUAGCUGGAGGAAGAGUUGUGUAUGAAAAUGGGGUCUUGCAUGCUGUGCCAGGACAUGGAAAGUACAUUCCACGGAAACCUUUUUCUGAUUAUGUCUACCGUCGGAUUCUUCAAAGAGAUGAAGUAAGUAAACACAGUGAAAUCUGUAACAAAGUGUGACCUCAAUUUAAUAAGCUUUCCAAAUGAUUGUAUAUUGUUAGAAAAUCCUUGCAAUAAUAAAUUCAGUGUGCCUUGCAUUAAUACUUUACUUGUCAAAAACAAAUACGUGAAUUCCAGUGGACCAUACACUAUAGACAUAGUUCAUCUAUACAUCUACAAUAUUUUCUAUUUAAAUGAGCUUACUAUGGCCUCAUUUUCCAGUACUCAGUGAAUGACUCAGAGUUUUGGAUUUAGCAUUCUGAAUCUUCAAGAAGUGCUUGGGGGCCAGGAGGGCGCGUACCACAUACAGAACACAAGGUCCUUCAAACAGGUGAGACAGGGCUGAGCAUGGAGAUAUUUUUAUCUCUCUGCUACCUAAACGAGGGCCCCCCUCACAGAGAGAGCUGGAACUCCAGACCUAAAUAGGGGGCCUACCACUUCUGCUUCCAGUACAUAGCUGAAGAUAAGAGGUUCUCAACAAUCUCUCAUAAUCAAACUUUGCUGCAUGGAUAAGGAAGUUAUGAGUAGAUCAAAACCACAGAAUUAUUCAAGGAACAUUAUUUCACAGAAUCCAAUUAUAAUGAUGUUUUAAUUCUCCGAAUGAGUCUGUGUAAUUUUGCUGUUAGAACAAGCAAACAUUGAAUCACUCAUUUUUCAUGAAUUCAUUAACUAGACAGGAAUGGGUGAUUGUUUUGUUACAUAAGAAAAUAUUGGUCUUUUUUGUUAACUAUACUGGCCGUAACAAUAAUUAAUAUUUUAAUUAACGGUAUAAAAUUACAUUUUAUAGUAUAUAUUUAUUUACAUUCUUGUCUAACAGGACAGGAUAUUCCAAAACUCUAUACUCUGCAAUUACUUAUUCUAACCGGUCAUUUUAAAUGAAUUACAGUACUCUGCUGCACAAUUUAACAAUCCAAUACUAGUUAUUUAGACAAACAAAAUAAACACACUUUAUUCUCAUACCCUGCUGUUCAUCUUUAUCAGCAGAGAGAAGGGAGGUAAUGAGUGCAGCUCUAGAAAGUCUACUUGUGAGAAAUCAGGAAAAUGUGUUUAUCGAAGAUGCCAAUAGACACCAUGAACACUCCUCAGCAGAGGAUUGGUUGUGUGAGAUUGCAGCCCAAAUCUCCAAUCUCCAAUCUCCAAAAUGAAAUAAAGAACUCUGUCCAACCCCUCCUCCAGCUAGCCAAGUUUGCAGGAAGGGUCAGAAAUGACUGCCAAGAGGAUGAUACAGUGGAAUGCUAAUCGAUAUAAUUAGUACGGCUGAUUAUAGCGGUUAUGACGCUAAAGGCCCCAGGCUCCCAGUAUUUUCUCAAACCUUUUUGGAAAGAUCUAAAUAGCCUCUCCCAAAUACAGCAUAGUCAGCUCUUUGUUGCAAAGCUAAUGUGGAAACUGCACUUCUGCAAUACCAGAUGAGAUUUUGCCCAACCUGGUCCGAUACUGCUGGGGGCCAAGAUUGAUGGAUGCCCAAGACAGAUAGUGUAUAACUUUUAAAUCUGCACACUGCAGAGGACUUGGGCUUUAACCUCCUUGAUUGACUGAAAAACAGUGGGUAGUGUCAAAAAACCCAUUGCACCAUAAUCUUUAGAAUGCGCUGUAGUGAUUAUGAUGCCUAUUAAUAUAACAAAUGUGCACCACUUAAGCUGCAUUUCUAAAUAACUGAAUUGAUUUUAAUAUGUAGCAACAGAAGGCUAUCAGCAUCUGAUGCUUGCAAGACUACUUGUUUAUACAACAGACAAAUGUCUAUAUCCUCAAAAGAACAUUAUGUUCAUCAAUAAAGAACACCUUAAUUGACAGAUAUACUCCCUCACACCACUUUUCACCAUGGGAACUGACAUAAUCACUCAAAAUCAGAAAUGAAAAAUUUGCAUUAUUAUGGGAAACAACUUGAACUAUUUAUAACUGGUAAAUUCUUUCUGUUCAAAGUCAGAUAUUUGUGGUAUACGGUAUUGCUCCAUAUCAGAAAUCUGCAGUGUCUGUCAUGUGACCCAUAAAGCCUUUGUGGUAUAGAAAAUCAUGAAGUCUGUAGCACAUAUGACAAUAAAUGUACUUGUGCAGGUUUGCCAACCAGUGCCUGUCGAGAGAAAACCAUACACAGGAGAAGUGAUCAAGAUAAUGUAA